GAGGGCGGGGUCAGUAUUUGGCAGGUUCGUCCCUCGAGGGUGUGUAUGUACGCUUGUGUAUGCACGCGAGUGUGAGUGAGAGAGACUCGCUAAGCAACGACCUGCAAACGGGCAUCUGAGCCAGUCCGAGCAAAAAAAAGAAAAAGAAAAAACAGGAACAACACUAUCUGCGAGUGUCUUUGCAAUGUUCCCGACAACAUUCCCACACCGCCUGCUCUGAUCUCAUCGAAGUUGCCGUCCCUCCACCCGUCGGCCACAGAAACCAAAGCAGAAAUUAAUGCAUCUUGCUCCGUGUUCCUGUUUGUUUUGACCUGGUAAGGUAUCCUGCUGGAUUAGCUCGCCGUGCUAACAGCGCUUCUUCUGCUUCACUCAGCAUCUUAGAAGCUAAACGCUAGCCUGCUAAGCUAACUAUGUCUGACGCUUCUUCUUGUCUUUAUUGAGCAAUGUCCUCCUGGUUUUUUAUUGAAUUUUUUCGCCGUAGUUGUAUCUUUGUUAAGAGGGUUUGUUAAAAUGCACAGAGGGAGUAAGGAACCGCUAACGGCUUCAGUUGUUGUCCAGUUGCGAGCUAACGGCUAACGGAUAGCAACGGAGGCAGCAGUUCCAUCACAUCUGUGGCUCCUCCGCACACAGGUCGGUUAACUUUGAGACAGGAAGAGAAAUAUCACUGUAAAUAAUGUCAUUCUUUAGUUUUGUGGUUGUUACACACAGAUAUGGCUUGUCUUCUUUUAAAAUUUUAAAGAAAUUUGAUUUUGUUGUUGAAAAUUGUCGAGUUUUGUGUUUAGAGAAUAUGAGGAAAAAUCUCCUGGUUAUUCGAUGUAGUCGUUAACAGAAACAUAAAAACCGAACAUUUUGUGUUUCAUGUGUCUGAACUUUUUGUUCUGCUAAACUGGAGCCGGUAGUUUCGCUUUCUGCUCGGACCGUUUCUGGAAAGCCUCAGCAGCCUGUACCUAUGCCUCAGCCCUUUGCCAUGAAACUGUCUGUGCUGGAAUGUUCUGGUACUUUGUGGCAUUAGGGGACUUUAGUGCCUGAGUUGUCCUCUUGCAUAGAUUUUUAACUGCAUAAUUGAUUCGUCGACGCGGAUUGUAGGCUGACUUUCAAUUCUGGGCUCUCUGAAAUCCUCUGCACAUUGCAUAAUCUUAUCCGGCCAUUGGCCCGAAUUAGAAGAGGAUUGGGCUCCCCAUAUGUUGUACUACAAGGGUGAGGAACAGGCUUGUAUUAUCAGAGAACACUGUGGAUUAAAGCCUUACCUCUAGGUUAUUUUUUAACAUCUCUGGAUAUCAGUAGACUUAAAGAACUAAUGUUGUCCAUAAAUACUAGUUUUACAAAGUCAUUAUUCUUCAAACUCAAUCAUCACUAGAGAUGAACAUUUCUGGAUCACUUUAUGAUGGAUUUGCACACCUAUUUUCACUGCAAGUCUCUCCUGCACUAGAGUUUACCCAUUACUCUUAGUUUGACGGUUUAUAUAUUUUGGAAGAAGGCAUAAAAUACAACAAACAACAUUUGAUUCUGCCAUAAAUGAUAAAUAUAUUCUUAUCAAACACAGACGCUUGAUAACAUAUCAGAUGUCUGUUUCUGACAUUUAAAGAAACACUUCCAUACAGCUGGCAUGGUGAGUUUGUUGUUGACGCAUGUGUCCCCCUUACUGGUUGUAUGUAUUUGCUUAAGUUUUCAUAUCCAACAAUACUGACAACAAUUUUUUUCAAGUUGUUAUCUGUUAAUAUUGAUAUCAUGCUUUUAAUAUUUUGCAUCCUUGAGUGACACUGUCAGAGAGGUAAUAUUUCUACUUUCAGUGUCAGACUGAUAUAAUGAUAGGUGGUAGUGUUUUACAAGAGUCUAUUACACUGCAGUGGUUUUUGUACUCUGAUUUUUAUGAUUUGCUGAAGUGAAAGAAUUAUAGUAUGAUCAUUUUAAUGAUAUACAUUAUAGUUCUUCAAACAACCUUUAAAGGAAUUUUAAGUACCCCCUGCAUUACUUCCAUCCUCAAAGUAAACCUUAAAUGAGGGACAAAGAUCUGGGAAAUGUUAGAGUAAUGCAGGCCAGGUCAAUGUCACUGCUACGAAGUGACGUUGACAUCAAGACAGAACCAUGGUAAAGCUGUUCUAUUGGAUCACAUAUUGUACAAGUGUUAAAAUUAAAAAAUGAGUAGGGGUUGCUUGUUGUGGUGUAUCAUAAUCUAUUAUUUGUGCAGUGUCUGGAAGUUGAAUAUGCUCAUUGUGAAUAAUGCACUCUUUGUAGAUUGGUUCUAUAGCAGCAUGAAAAAAAGCUUUUUCUUAUAGAAUAAAAUCGGCUCUUUUGAAUGCGUACGAUGGAUGCUUUUAGCGGAACUCAUGCAGACUCCAUCCUAUUAGCUCAGUGGAGUUAAACCUGUUAGUAAAAAAGUAAAACACACUCGGUUGUUGUGUAAGAGAUAGCAGGUAUGUCUAUGGACAGAUUUGACCAAAGGUCAGCCAAGCUGUGGUGCUAGUAUUGGAAAAGUGUUAGCAAACUGCUGUUGAAUCAGCAAGUGUGAUACACCUUGUAGUAUUGGUGUUCGACACUCAGCUUCAAAUAUAUGAUCUACCCAACUAAACAAAUGAAGCCUAGUUAAAAAAGAUCAGCCCACUUUCUGCUAUGAAUGUUCAGAUGUUUUUUGAUUCCUUGAGUUGGUUAUUUGAAAUCUCUUAUUCACGUUGAUAUGGUCUCGUGGUAUUGUACAGUCUGUUAUUCUGAUGUGUUUUUUCUGUGUUCCUGUAUGCAUUUGUCAGUGAAGUCGGGCCUGAUCUUACUAUGUUGUUGCAUAAAUACAGCAGCCCUACCAUUACAAAUCCAAUUGACUCCAUGGCUGUCCUAUUAAACUGCAUUAGUCUAAGCCAGACAGACCUGCAACCAACAAUUCAUUUUAUUAUGAGUCAAUCUGACAAGUAAUUGAGAGCGUCCUGAUAGCUGACUGUAGCCAGUAUCUGGUCUGUUUCCAGCAGGGGACCUCUGUUGAAUGUCAGACCCUGUCUCUCCCUUUGUUUCUUGUCUGCCUCUAGACUCUCCUUUCAACUAAUGGCAGAUUUACCCAAACAUUAUUCUCAGUAUCCCUAUUUUUUGUCUCUUGCCAGACAUCUUGAAAAUAUCCGGGAAGAAAAGAUUUAUUUGUGGUUUUUUUCUAUCCCAAAAUGAGACACAAACAAUACAAGCUUAAAAGGUUCAUUUCUCUGCAGUUUGUGACAAAAAUAAGACAGUUAAUCCCAUCCCCCCUUUUUUGAUUUGACUUAAGAAUGUUCGACAUUUUAUGCUAGAAAAAUAACUAGAAUAAUUUGCCUUUAAGCUGAAUUCUUAAAUUAAUACUAAGUAAUUCUUACUUACUGUACCUCAGCUGAACCUGUAGCUUUUUGCGUGACGGAUCUCACGUAUGCACAUACCGACAGUGUCAAAAUUCCACCGGCCCCCUGCUGUGUGAGAUAAGGCUGGGUACGUAAGAUGACCCAUAGUUUUUAUAUGGAAGGAAAACACGUGCACACACAACAGUGUCAUAACCACACAGCUGCCUGCAGUGUGGGAUUGUUGUUGCCAGGUCAGUGAGUGGUUGUUUUAGACUCGGUGGACAGGGGCCAAGCUAAACUAAGUGUGGUCCAAAUCUCUCUAAAGCUGGUUCCACACUGCCAGAAAUUCACCAAAUUUAAUCCCUCUGCACCUGUAUGAAAAUGUACUCUGAAAUCGCGCUUUUUGUCAGUUGAAACAUAACUCGCUUUUAAAAUCAAGCCUUAUGUGCGAAGAGGUAGGACCUGCGCAGGAUCAAGCUGACAUCUAUUGUCAACAGUUGUUUUAAACAGUUAUCAGAGCAGUGCUAUUGGAUGAAAUAACAGUGACUGGAGAGGGGAUCUAACAAGAACCCUCGGAAGAUUAUCUCUUGGUGUAUGUUACGCCAAAAUGGGCCAGAGGCAGUUUCACACAGUGUGGCACUGACCUGGCCCCAAGAUUGUGCAAAUACAGAUCUUCCAUUAGACAGCUGAAAUAACAAAGACUUCUUCAGGGGAACCAUCUUUUAUUGAUAUGUUGUCUUUCCAGAGAAAAGGCUUUUGGGAGAGUUUGCUUUCAUAUCCUGGACUUUAACUGUACUUAAGAAAUUCUGUUAUCAAUCAUUUAGAGACCAACGGAUUGUAGAUGAUUUGAUUUUUAGAGUAGCAUCAAAAUUGAGAGAGCAGUGUGACUCGUAAAAAGUUGGUUGUUUGAUCAAUAAUUUCUAAACUUUGUAUUUUGUGGAAACUGUCACAUCUUGAAAAGAGAAUUUGAUAAGGCUGUGAGCUUGUGUUAGAAUUAAAAGCCUGCGAAGAAGGAAGAACUUUCGUGCUUCUGAUUCCUUUAUGACAGGUCGGAAAUUUUUUUGUCAAAAACCAAGGUGCUUUCCACAGAACAGAUGUGUGAAUGUGCAUUAAAGGGCACAGAUAUGAUUUUUCCACAGAGGAGUUUUCUGAUGAGAGAACAGCUGUUACAGUCGGUCAGAUAAUCUGACACUCAGCAGCCAUUUUUUAAAAUCCAAUCAGAAAAUAGUCCCUUUCCCAGUUUCAUCCUUUCAAAUAGGACCAGACUAUAAGACCUAAAAAAAGAUUCACACUGAACUCAAUUUACACUUGAUUUUUUUUUCUUCUUCUUUUCUUUCCAAAGCAACAAAGACAUGAAUCAGAGAAAAUUUUUAGCCCAUGAGUGAUUAGCUCACCUUUGUUGUCAUCAGGGAAGUAAGUGGUUUAGAGGCAGACAAUCCGCAGAGCCCUGUGGUCAGUGAUAAAACACACCAUCAAUCUCAUAGUGAAAUAAAACAACUUCCCCUCCAGCUCUGUAGCAAUCUUUUCUCAUACCGAUGAGACACAGAUGAGGCUCGGCUACUCUUGCGAAAAACUUGCAGCUUUGAUUGAAAAUCUGGACUUUUAAAAUCUUUAACAAUCACAUCCUAUGCCACAAGUACGGGUUUCAUUUUGACUAUUUAUUGCCCUACAGUCAAAUGUGAAUACCUGCAAUUGUUUUCACCACCUCUGAUAUGGAAUUGGAUGUUGAGUGUUUUGGACAGUUAGUUUGAUUUGUACUUUGUUGUGAUGGACCCAACAUUUAACUAGUUUUUAAGAACAUUUCUGCAAACAGAUCUUUGAUAAUUAGAGUUUUAAGUUUUGGCCAUAUGCAAGAGCUUUACCUUUGAAAAAAAAUGCAGUGGAUUAGUAAAUGCAGGGUGAUAUUAAGUACAAUGUCAUUUCAAGCUAUUUGCCAGCCUGUUGAUAUGUCUUGAAGUUAACUUAUUUUUGAAUAACAUUGUUGUAAGUUGUUAGAUCGGAGUCAUUACAAACCACUGCUGAUUUAUGUGAACUGGAAUCAUUUCAAUGAAAUUCCUUUACCCACUACUCUGAUCCACUGGAUCACAUAAAACCAACAUCAUCCCAUGUAUUAUUCCACAUAUUAACGUCAGGUCAUCUGUCCAGUUACUGACAUUAACCUUUGAUUUGAUUUGGGAAGUUAGCAUUUAGUCAUCAUUACUGUAUUUUUUCUUUUCUUUUUUUCCUCACCAAGCAAAAGACAGGAGACACUUGAGUACCCCAAGUAAUCCUGGCAACAUCCUGUGCUCUUAGGUAACUGAAGUGGUCUAGGAUAGGGGGAGCGGUUAUAAGGGCACAACAUCUACUGAAUGUGCUGGGAUAAAAACAGAGUGAUCACAUUACUGGAAAUACAGGAUGACAAACUGUCAUAGCCUCUUUCUUACCUAAAGCACUUUUUUUUUCUCCAGGCUUGCACGAUAUCGACGGUGUGAUUUUCUGUGAAGUUGUUUUAAAAAAUGUGCAUGGAAAGCACUACGCUUGUCUUUUUAGUAUUGAUUUAACUUCUCUGUGGUGCCCUCAAAUUGCUCUGUCACUCUGCCUGGUCAUUGUUUCGAUGCUCUUUUGCUUGCUCUUUGUCCGUGUACUGUCACACCAUGUGGUUUAAUCUAGUUUAUACACACACAAACACAGAUGGAAAUGACAGCACUUGUACUAUCCUACAUGCUGUUUGUUCUGAGUUAAUUGAUCCAAUUCAGUCCACAUAUAAUAGAGCAAAUAGGGUUUAUUCAGUGAUUUUUAACUACAGGCCUGGGAUUUCCUCAUUGAUUUUUACAGUCUCACUUCCUCAUUGUACCAUUCCCGCUCGCAAAGAGCAAUCAGGCAAGUACAGAACAGAAAGACAACAGAUGGAGAGGGAUCUUUUUUUAAUGUAGCAAAUGCAGAAGCACACUGGCUGGUGUUUCACUGUGCAGUAGUCUGGAAAUUUCCAUUAGCUUGAACCACAGAAAGAGUGUGAGGUGAUAUAGAUCAAUACUAAAUCAAUAAAGCUCAAUGUCAUUGUCUGAGGUGAGGUGAGGCUCCCAGAAGCUCAUUGAAGGUUUGGAUCCCUUUUGAGCCACAAUGCACAAAUGUUUCUGUAGAAAGCAGUUGUUUUUGUGUAGCACAGUGAGACUCUGUGAAUUUAGUGCCUGGGGAGAAAUAACAGUAAAUUAACUGUUUUUUCAUCGUUUAAUGAAUGAAGAUCCCCGUGUCCUAAAUUAAAGCGUAUCUUCAGCUGACAGUGAAGAUAAAUAAAAUAAAUGAAAAGCUAAAAAUAGCAGCAAACUGUCUGAUUUCAACUUAAUUAACUUUUGUCUAAGUGGUUUAGCUCUUAAGUGAUUGAUUUAAUAUAAGGUAUAACAUACACAAAAAGGUUGGGCAGUGUAAUGAUAUAUAUUUUAAGAUCAUUAUUAAAGAGAGAGAGUCUGUAGAGUUUGUGGUAGCAAAAUUAGCAAAACCUGUUCAUUGAAGAUUUUAAUCCUAUAUUGAUUAUAUGAUAAAACAUCCCCCCAAAAUACACUUAGUUUAAUGCAGCAAACCAGUCCAGUACAAUCACAACUCCAGUAACAGAUAAUUGGAAACUGAAAAUUAGGAUAUAAGUGAUCUUUACUCUGUAACUGGUUAAAGUUUUAAAGUUCAUGCACAAUUUAUUUUCAGUUGUUUUGAUUUGACUCUUAUUUAUCAUUUGACACCUACAACUGUCAGUUGUCAGAGACCAUCCUUAGAAGGAGAAAAAAACAGGCCUAUUACUUCAUUCGGUAAAUAUGAAUAAAUAUAAUCCAGCUUUAGGGCUGGGUGCUUAAUUUUGAUUGUAAAUAUAGCCUCAAAAGAGCUUUUAGAAAGGUGUAUACAUAAGGCACUACAAACUUAAAAACAAAAUCCUUCGAACUUGAAGAUUGUAGAGUAGCUGUACUGAUAACAGCCAAAUAUCGAAGGAAUGAUGCAUGCUUAAAGAUGUUUUUUUUACAUAUGUAAUUACUAAUAUUGUUUUACUAAUAUUUUACUAAUGAAGUCAUAUUCACUGAGAUGCUUUUAGUCAAAAUAUAGUGCAAUACAUUGCAAAAACAAACAUUCUAUUUGGGUUUGAUGUAGUAGUAGUUGUGUUGUCAGAGUUCAGGAAAAAAAGUCUAAAUUUCCAUGUUUUGAAGAGUCCAUAAGCCAAGAACUCACCGAAAAGUAGGAUCUGUAUGACUGUUCACCCAGAUGGCAACCAAGCAAACUCUAUGCAAAUGUACAGAACAAAACGCUCCACUCCCACAGUCCCUAACACAGAGCUGCACUUGUUUUCACUGUAGGCGUUCAGGCUUUCUGCAGUGUCACAGCCCCUCAGGGCUGCAAAGAACAGAUCCUCUUUUACUGCUUUACCAAAAUGAUCUUGUAUGAUGUAUUAGGGAUUUGAUAAAACAUAGUGGAGGUUGAUUUGAAAUAUUGUUGACUGUGUUACCUGGAGUGCAUAAGCAAGGCCGAUUGAAAGGGAUUAAUCACCCAUCCAAAGAAACUCCCCCCUCCUCCUCCUCCAGCCAACGUUGUUAAGCAGGGCACUUAACCCUGGCGGGAGAGGUCCGAAGGAGAAAUUAACCGUUCGCUACAGAGGACUUAGUUCAGUGAAACUGUAACAGAAGUGUGAUGUUGUAGGUCAGAGCAACUUGUAAGACAGAUACUGAAUUGAUUCUAAAAAUGGGCUGGUAUAAAAUUCUAACAGUAAGAUGACCGUAAACUACUAAAAAGAUCAAGAUUUCACAGUGUCACAGUAAUAGCUCUGAAACAUGUUAUUUUGAAAUGUCAGGGACUCGGGGUUAAAAAAACAACAACUUUUCUGUUCAACACGAUCUAUUUUCAAAUAACUUAAAGGAUAUUUGUAACAUCAAUAAACAUGCACUGUAAGUUAGAUUUUAAAAUGUUUUAGAUGUAGAUUUUAUCUUAGGAUGCAUACACUUUGAUGCCUAUAUUUAUACAAUAUUGAUUCUGUUAUUUCAGAGUCAAUGCAUGAAGCACAGUCCCAAAAAAUGAGUCUCUCCAUUUCUGUGAUGGUCAUCUGACAAGUCUCUACUUCCUGUGUUACCUGGGUAACCAGUCCCACCCCAUGCAGUUAAUGAUCGGUUUACAGAAGCAGCAACACUAGCACCUUGUCCAACAGCAGCCUAUAUGUAGCGGCCAACACAGCUGAUACUCUCUGAAUGCCCUGGAAAAGACAACGGAUGUGGCGUUUUUUCUCUGUGUGCUCACGCUGCUAUUUGCACUUUUUGUCCUUGGGGACAGUUCCACUAAAACUUAGAGAGUUACACUGCAAGCGACUGAUAACCACAGCUAGUGGGCUGACACACAUAUCUCUGCAUGGUUUCUUUGCUACAUGCAGAUUUACUCGUCCAAUGCAAAUAACCGACAUCAGGCUGACACAGUUUUACACUGUAGGAAGGAUAUGAUGGUAAAUAUUAGUGGUUUUGAAACUGUGGUCUUGUGUUAAACAACGUCGUGGUUAAUUUGUGUUGUUUUCAUGCUGUUGUCUUCAUCCUUUUGUCUGUUUACACAUUUAUUGAAUGUGCAAUGAAUUUCAAGAUGCCUAUUUGAUUCAGUUCAGAUCUUCGUUUGGGCCAUGUGCGUGUGUGUCACUACUUAAAGGGGCCACACAAAGGGUGCCGAAGUGCUGGGAGCAUCUCUGUCAACGCUCCAAGUAACUGUUUAUUAUCUCUGAUAUGCUUUCCUUUAAUGUUGUUGGCAAACAGUACGGUCUGUGUAGACUGCAGUAACUGAGCAGCCUUAGAGACAGAAAGUUGUCUGGAUCUGAAUCUCAACCCAUAAAAUCUUGUAAAACAUCAGAUACUUUUCUGCAAACUUACCAAUGAUUUCAAUACAUGGAACAAGCGUUAUCUCUCUUCAUUCCCUCAGACGUUCAAUCUUCAAGGAAAAACUAGUUGAAGGAAAGUGAGGACAAAAUAAUACUUUGACAGAUUUCAGGCCUUAUGAUAGGUUUGUACACAGUAUUGUAGGGAAACAUAUCCUUUAAGGCGUUUGUUGUUUCUGUCGGACUUUCUUUAUGUCUUCAAAACAAAUAAAAGGAAGAUUCUGCUGCGAGAGAUCGAGAUAACAAGGCCUGAAAAAGCCUGUGCCCCCUGAAGACGUGCUUAUUAAUUUAUCACUGACAGGGCCGGCCUGGGAGCAGCAGCUAAACUGGGCUAGUGCUGUGAACUGCUGCUACUGAUUCAAGGGCAAACACCAGCUUUACAGCCGCUAUGUUUUAUUUCUGCUGCUCUCUACCUCACCUACUUUUUUCCCUUAUCCUGUCACUUCCUUUUUCCCCGCUUCCUUCAGUCCUCUAAUCUCCCUUAGCCAGUCUCUUUCUGAUUCUCUUUCAUUCUUCAUGAUGCUGCCUCUCCUGUUUUAUUUUUCCUUUCAUCCAUCUGUGUCCACGCCUCCUACCCUGACUCGACCCACUGGUAAAUGAGACACAGGACCAGGGUUGCAAAAGGGUGAAUAGAUGCUAUCUUUCUAUAUGUUACAGGCAUUGAGGGUAUAAAAAUGCAGAGUUUGGAUAAUUAGCACACUCGGAUAAGCAUGUUGUAUCCUUAAAUGAAUAAUUUCUUAAGUUCUAAGUAGCAGUUUUUCUGUUUCCUACAGACAUGGAAGGUGUAAAAAUAAAAGUUUGGAUAAUGAGGGCACUAGGAUAAGUCAGUUGUACCCCUAAACUAAUAAUUUCUUGAGCCUUAAAUAGUUUACAUUGUUGUACUUAUUACUGAACUCCAAUCCCCACGCUCUCCAUUUAUGAAUGAAAGAUUGGAACAAUCAUAAAUAAAUAUUACUGAACUAUAUAGCUGUAAAUAGCUGCAGUGUUGUUGACCUCAUGUUGUGGGCAGAAGUCCAACUGUUUUCUAAUGGUUGCCUGAAUUGACACAUGAAGUUUUUUGAUAAUUAAUUUAGAUUUGAGUGGAUAUAAAUCAAGCCAAGGCUAUUGGAUUCAAUAUUUGGGAAAGAUAAAUAAAUAAUCACUAAGCCUUGAAUUUGUUCAUGGGGAAAGUAAUUCAAGGCUACAUAUAAAUAAUUUGGGAGUAUACUUUAUUAUUUCAUGCUUUAAAAAAUGAAAUCCAAGAAAAGGACAAAUAAACUUUUUAGUCCCAGGUGUCCCCAUCCAGGCAACCCUCUCUAUUGGUGGUUCCUAUUGGUGCUGUUUGACCUCAAUCAGAGCUGGGUGUGUUAGAUAGACUGUUUAUUGACAAAUGACUCAACAGAAAUGAGGCCACAUGCAAUUGAGUUCAUUGUUGAAAUAGUCCUAGAUAGAAAAGCAAAUAGACAGAUUGCAUGGAGAGAGUAGCAUUUCAGGUUAAGUAAACUAAGAAUGGAAAAAAAGUUGGAGAGAGUGCCAAGUUCUGUUGAGGAGCAGGAAAAAAAAGUAUCAGUAAAGAUGACUUUUGGGAAUUAAAAAAUCUAAUUGUUCAGACAGCUCCUGUUUUGUUUUCUCAUAGAUGCAAGAGGAAAUAGAUUGACAGACAGGCAACUGUUGACAGACAAACAGACAAAGAGGAGGAUUGGCUCGUAGUCAGGGUUGGUCCGUUAAGUUAUGCGCUCCUAUAAACCUAAAGUCAUUAGGAGUGAUUCCUACAUUUUGACUCAUGCGCUGCAAGUGGGUUUGGUUAAAGAGUUUUUACAUCAACCUUGUCCAACAGGAAAUCCAACAAGCCUUGACAUUCGAUGUCGAAAUUGCCUUUUUUCCGAUUAGAUAACCCUCAUUAAUUGAAAAAAAAAAAACACGUUUUUCAGAGAAUGCCUGAGAUCAAAAUCAAAGCAUUUUUCAGCAAGUUUCCUCUAGAGCAAACUUUUCUCAGUUCAAACGAACAUGACUUGCGAGUCAGGGUCAGAGAGCUGUUGGGUAAAAGUGCUUUUCAAACAAACUCCUGCAGUGAAUUGCCCAGCAAGAGCUUUAAUGCAUGAAUAAAGCUGGAGUAUGACUUGCAUAUUUUUGCAGUUUAAUCCCUUUUAUGCAUGAUGUGAAUUUGAACUUAAGUGAGAUAUUUAAAGGCACAGAUAAAUUCACAAUCAACAAAUACAAUGCAGCACCCCAAUGUAGGAAUAUGUUGAAGUUGAUGCAACAUGUGAAAAUACCAAGUUGUUAUUUACUCUCAUUUGACAAGAUAAAAUUGAACCUGAUAAUAGUCUAAUUUCCCACAAUUACACAAGGCCAGCUCACGGUAACUCUCCUCAUACUCGGCAUACUUACCAUGUAUUAUGUGUUGACUGUUGACCUUCAUGUCAAGUUGGUAAUCAUGUCUCACCCCUGGCUUACUGCCCUGAGUCACACAGAAGAGCUCAGCUGUAAUGGGAGGCAGUUUAAAAUGUGCACCGGCAGGUUUUAGGUCAACAUUCACAACACGUUACCUUGGUGCUUUGAGGGUGUGUGAACAUAUUUGUGUGUGUUUGGGUUUUAAACAGGAGUUACAUUUCCCCUACGUAAGGGUUCGCUAGACCACAGACUUUCAUUUGCAAACAUUUUAUUCUUUUAAUGGCACCGUCAGCCUGUAAGUGUUUUGUCUACAGUAGACCGAUACAAAUGUGUGUAAUGUGUAAAUAAGUGUGCUGCAAAAAGACACGAGCAGGAAACAAAGACUCUAUAAUGUGCAGGUUAUUGAUAGCCUCAGUAGAAAAUUAACUUCCUAACAGGAAGCGAUGUACUUAAAGCUGUCUGUGCUAGUAAAUGAGUAGGCAUCAAGUGUAAAGUUCUGUGCACAAAGAAUGACAUACAUACUGUUAAUAUUAGCCAGAAAAAGUAGUCCAAUUGUGAGAUGACCCUCUAUCCCUACUUUAUCUUUUGAAAAAACAUUCUUAUUAAAUUCAUGCUACACUGUAAAACUUUAUCAGAUCUAUUAUUCAGUGUGGCUUUCCUGUGACUCUAUUAACAUAUAAGCUUCACUGAUUAUUUCUGCGUAUUUUUUUGUGCCUCAAGCUGAUUUGCAGAAUAUCUAAAAAAGUAUCAGCAUUAUAUUAUAUUAAAUUAUUUCCAGAAAUUAAUUGUGAUUGCCCACUGCCUUAAAAAAAUACUGUCAACUGUUUGCCUCAAUAAUCUACUCACUGCACCUUUAAAGAUGCUCAUUUGUCCAGCAACACUAAAGCUGAAAUAAGCUCUAGAUGCAAGAGUCAUUUUAGGUUGUGAGUUAACAACUUUUCAUUGCGAUUCCUAGAAAAUUGUCAUAUUUUGGUCAAUAUAAUUCCACAUAACUGCAACAGACAAUGUUUCUCUUGUUCGAUAGUAUUUGAAUGUUGCUGUUAGUUUGGUCUAGUGUGCCAGAAUAUUCUGAGAUCUCCAAGAAUUCUUCUUGAAAACUCAGUAGAGGAACUUCAGGGUCAAAACCGCCACAGUGUGACAGGUUGUUUGUCAUUUCAUUUUAGUGGAAGCUGAUAAGCAUCUCGGUCAUAUGUUCAGUGAUUGAUGGAAAAGAUUUCUAUCUGUUCAUCUCAUGCAGGCCCAACAAUGUGACGCGUCAUGCUCAUCCAGAGAAUACCAGGAAGUUAUGCAGUGUGUCAGGGUCACGGGAUGUGUGUGAAAAAUCAACCCAGUAGCCACAAGGUAGUCAAAUACAGAAACUACAGGCUCUGGUACUUCCCCUCUUUGUCUCGUGAAGGUUAAAGAUCAGGGUUUGACAGGUUUACCUCUAGUUUCACCUGUGAGCUUCUAGAUCAACAGACUUGUUAAUCCUCAGAUCUGGUUGGCCAAGAUUUUUUUACUAUUUCGGAUCAAACUUAUGCAACAAAACCAGAUUGAAUAGUCUUUGAUAAAAAAAUAUAUAUAUUUUUUUGACCCCCUGUGGUUUGUGAGCUUUGAAGCAGAGAUCUCAUUGAUUUUAACUGUUGAUUCCUGCUGUCCAACCUUUUCCUUCUGCCACUGUCUGCCUCCCUGAUUUUGUUUGAUCAUGACCACUGAUGGUCGACUGAGUGGAAGUCAACUGCUUUGAUCUGUUUUAUUUUUGGGUUUUUUUCACAGCCUGACGCAAGUUGGUGGAAAUUUGCUGAUUUAUUUAUACCCUUGUAUGAAUAUUUUAUCUUGUGCACUUUGUUUUGAAGAAACUGAGGCUAUAUAGCAGAUCACAAAUUAAUUACAUCAGUGCUUUUGUCCGGCUACAUAAUUUUAAUGCAGUUUUUAUUGACAACUAGCUUGGGCGAGAACAAGUUUCAAAGAGCCGCCGAAAAGGAGCUAAAUCUUUUGAGAAAAGUGGAUAAAAUGACUGCGUGUUUUACAUUUUAAUGGUAGUGGGUUUGAAAUAGCACAUAAUACAUUACUUAACUCAUGACUUGUCAUAGUCUGUAAAUUUUGUUUUGCAUUUUAAUUCUCAAAAGUGGUGGCAACCCUUUCAACAUGGUUGGUACUGUUGGCCACUAAGUUUUGUACCCCUUUCUUUCUGUUGUUUGUCCUCAUAUCAUCUGCUGGUCCCUUUCUCUCCUGGGUUCCUUAGUUUCCUCUUUCCCCCUUUCACUCACUUUCUUUCACACUCUUUGUGUCCUAACUUUCUCUGUUUCCCUUUUAACAAUGUCCCUCAUUGUUAAGCAGGAGGUUGUCAAGCAUGAUAUCUGGGAUUAAGACACACACAGACAGAAAGAAACACAGACAGAGCUAUUCUAGACCAUUCCUUUACUGAACAAAUCCUCACUACAGAGGCCUUUUAGGGUCAGUUUUCAUUGCAGACAAGGCGCUGGUUUGGGACAUUGAGUUCCUUAAUCUCAAAGAGUCAUUGUCUUCAUCUGAAGCUUGUGUGUUACGUCCAGCAUGACAAGGCGUGUCUAUCUGAGGAGGUCUAUAUCACUGUGCUGAUACGCUCUUGGAAUUGUAGACAAUGAAAAUCAUUAUAUUCAACCACAUCUAACAUGUUAAAGCUGGAAAUCCACGGUAUAACUUGUGGUGGUUUUCCUUUUUUGGUUUCAAUAGUAAAGACCCUGACUCAAUGCAAGAAUUUCAGUUCCAGUAGUGGGAUUUCCUCUAGCUUUUAAAGAAGCUUAGAACCUAGCGGUGCCAGUUCAGUUGGUUUUGGAAAGAAUAGAGGCUGAAGAAUGCCUUUUUAGAGGACUAAACAACCUCUGUGUGCAAAAAUAAAACUCCUAAAACCACUGUUUAUUAACCCCUGCAAAGUGACUAAAGCCUGUCAAGAGUUCAAGCCACCAGAGUAGUCACUUAAUUUUACGAUGCAGCAUUUUACCAAAGCCACACUGUUUAAAAAGCGAUCUUCCGUUGGUAAAGCUGUAGUGGCCUUGGAGAAGGUAAAGCACUAUCGGUGGAGGUUAAUGUAAGAAAUAAACAGCUGUAUCACUGUGAUUCGCAGUUGAAAUCGUGCCUACAAAGAGAGUGGUGGAUUGAAGACCUAAAUACACAAGCUACUAGUGCACAGCUAAAGGAGGAGUAGAAUUUAUUCAGAAAGUGAUUUAUGCCAAAAAGGAAGCUCAGUUAGCAGCCGCCAUGCUGAUAAAACUUUAUGAUGCUAUAACUCUGCCUAAGUGAAAGCUUCCUCCAUGCAGGCAGAACAGUCUCCUGCCUACAUAUAAUCAUAUGGGAGUACAACUGAGUCAUAUUAUCUAGUGGUAAAAUUUGAACUGAAUCAUGUGCCAAGAAAACCUCACAGAGUUCAGGAUCUUGUAGCGAGUAGGAGGACACAAAGUGAGGCUUACCCGAAUACCAGCUGACCGAAAAACUGAGGUGGAGAGCUGAGAUAGACCCAUUUAAGGCAGUGUCUGAUUCCACCUCUUUUGUACCUUUUCUCGAAAGGGUUAAUGGAAGGAUUUACUUAAGGUUAUAAUUGACUUGCGAGUCAAUAAUUAUCUAACUUUUACAUCUAGUUGGAAUUAUCUUCAGAUAUUUUAUAGGGAGGCUUACGUUAUUUGUAAAAUAUCAGGCUGUCUGCAUACAAACAGUAUAUUUAAAUACAUUCACAUUAAAUUCAUGUUUUUUUAAAGACCAUUUGUCAAAAUGAAGCAUCAACCCAGUGAGCUAAAAAAAAUAAAAUAAUAUAUAUAUCCAACCAAUUGUGCUUAAAGAGCCCUCACAAAAAAUAAGCAUUCAUAUUGACCAAAGAUAUGAAAAGCUGAAAUUUAUUUUCAUAUUAGCAAUAUGCUGUAGACUAAAAAUGUCUUAAAUUUGUUUAAGCAAAUGUUGCAGAACUGAUGAUGUAGCAGCUACAGUGUUUUCUUUUCCUCUUUCCUGGAAUCGUCAACAAAGCCUUUUCCUGGUAUCUGAAAGCCUCAAGGUUUCUGCUGAUGUUCCACGGCACGGGAUUUAACUUCCUUUUACUUUUUGAAAUUACACAAUUCUGGAGUGUUUUGCUUGUAAGCAUUGGCAGAUGCGAUAACAAAGCUUUGACUGGGGGUAAAAAACGGGGUUUGGAGGUGAUCCUGUUGAUGUAAAGGUGAGGGUGAACUGGGUCAGAUGGCUUGUUUCACAUGGCUGAAAAAUGCUGGAAUUAGCAGUUGCAACAAAAAACAUAUUUAGAUUUAUGAAGAAGAAAAAGACGAAGAGCAUUGUUCUCAUAAAUGUUCACAAUGUUUUUCCCUGUGAUGUUAAAAUUAUAAUUAUUUCUUCAUCUUGUGAUCUCCUGCCCUCAUUCUGUGUCUAAAUGGUUGUUGGGGUCUAAUUUAUACACAAAGUUUUUGCAUGUGUCGCUGUUACCUAAUAGCAAAUGUUUUAAGAUUUUGUGCACACUGUUAUUAUUUGUUAUUUUCGUAGGUAUUGAUGUGCAGAAAUAUUAUUUUCUUAUUACUGAUUGGUGUCUCAGACAUGUUGAAAUAAUGGUGCUUCAAUUUCAAUACUUUUUAAAGUCCUUGUAUCAUUCAGGCUUUGAUAAAAUCUAAAUGACUUCCAGUCUGAGAGGGAAAUUGCUGUUGACAAAUGACACAGGUGUGGAGAAUAGUGUAUGUAAAAGUAACAGAUAUGGUACAAGCUCAAUCACUGUUGAUUUUUAAUAAAGCAAAUCUCUCUUUUGUCUCUGUCUCUCCUCAGUGUAGUUAGAAAGGAAUCCUGCAAGAAGGAUUAGCGGUCCGUCAAUGAGGAACUACCGGCUCAUCUUCUGCCACAACCUGAAGCAGCCAUAGAUGGUUCAGUGGUUUACUGGCCAGGGGAGGAGAGGAUAGGACACACUUUCACUGCUACACGGUAAGCUAACACACACAUUCAAACCCAUGCAGUUAAUAGAUAAAAUACACCAUGUGCACAGUACAUACAGUAAGUGACAGUUUUGAAACCAUAACAGAGAGUAGAGAAAAUUUUCUGAGUGGCAAUUAGCUGUCACACGUCUCGCUAAAACUGUCACAAACAAGCUGUUAUCUGUAAAGUUUCAUUUGAGGCAAGAGUCAACCAUAAAUGCAAAGGUACACCAGUUUAAGUUUAUGUCUCUGUGCAAAGAGUAUGUUGUAGUGUUCUCUCCAUCUGUGAUUGUCAGUCCUGUUCCCAUGAAUACAACAUCUCAAGAAUACCUGCAGGGUACUUCACAUUUGGCAUGAAUGUGCUCUUUGAUGAAAGAUCAGAAAUUAACUUGUCAAAGUCACUGUAAACUCACAAAACACACAGUGUAUCAAGUUAUGACAUAUCAAGGUCAAUGGUAAGUUUCAUGAGAAACUUCAAUACAAGCUUGACUGAUCAUCAAAGGUACACAGUUACUAAAAAGUAACUAAUUCAUGUUACAUUUAUAUUUGUUUUACAAUGACUCACAAUUGUACCUCUUGGAUUUUAAAAUAAAAAAUAAAGUUAUUAAAUGAAAAAAUAAUAAAUGAUUAAAAGAAGCACCAGAGUUUUCAUAACCUACUAGCUCUUGCUCUUUGCUCCGGGCAAGAAUUGAUUUAAUGAUGAAAGUAUGUCUGUCCCACUGUACCAAGUGGUGACAUGUUUCCUCUUAGCAACUCACUAUUGGACCUUCUGGGUGAUCUAUCAUGUCACUUACCAAAACAAUUCAUUGAACAAGUUAGCGAUUGUUGAAAACAUUGACAACUCAACAGCUUUGUACCUGUCAUACACACAGUAAGAUGGUUUUGUCUUAUUUGCCGCCCUUCUUCUCCUGCUGAGGUUUUGUAAACACCAGGCUUCUUUGUACGAUCUGUGGCAUACGAUCUGUGAAGCAUGAGAAGAACACUUAAGCCAGUUUUGCUUCGUUGUUUACAAGCAAGAGGAAAUCAACCCCCGACUACAUUCGGUCACUUUUUUACAUCAUGAACACUUACUUUAUAUUGAGAUUGCACCAUAUAAUGACAGCUGUUAUCUCAGGGCUCUAUUCGGAAAGAGCAGGUCUAGACGUACUCUUUGUUUUAGUUUCACAAUAGACUGGUUUUAAACCUGUUACCAGAGGUGUUAAAGGUGGACAGACAGCGGACCACAUUCAAGUCAAGCUUCUUUCUUUGCAGAAAAAUCCUGUCUGACCACAUCAUAACACUCUCUCAGUCUGGGUAUGUCACUGACAUUGAGGGCCUGAUUGUUCUCUACAGUUCUACAGGUUACAUGGUUUAUUGAAGUUGAAUUUAAUGUUAAGAAAAAAAUCAGAUUUAACAUUCUUAUGAACAUUUGGUGAUGUUCCUCCUCCCCUGAUUAGUAAAAUGCACACCAUCUGCCUCUCAUCGUAUCCAGAUUACUCACCAACCGGCCACCAUCUUUAGAGUCCAACUGUGAACACAAAUGAUUCUUGCGAAAUCCUUAUUUUCUUGGCUUUGCAUUGAUUUCCAUUCCGCUGCCAGACUCAGCCAGUGGCAGGGUCCCCUUUGCAUGGGAAAUAAGGCGUGAUGACGUGAGAGGACAUAACAAACACUGCAGGGAUGGGAAUAAAAUUAAGAGGUGACCUUUAAAAGACGGUUAUGUAACAGAUAACCAGAUCACACUGAAUCAUAUUUAUGUAAUUUAAAAGACAUCCCUAGAGUGAAGCAAAAGUCACCGUUAGUCUUUUAACAAAACAUGAAAUCUAUUCCCCUGCCAUGGCUCCUUAAAACAGAGGAUAUUUGAACUCCUUCUUACUUUGAAAAAUAGAGCCUUCAGUUUCUUUCAAAAAGUAAAUGCUCAACACAACAAAUUAUCUUCUAAAUGCAACUACAGUCUGUUGUUAAAAGUACUUUGAACUAUGUUUGGUCUAAAUCCACAGUUUGAUAAACUCUGCAUUUGUUUGUAGAAGGGUCAUAGGACAGUGGAGACAGGAGACACUUCCUCCGCCUCCUUUUCUAGGUCCACCUAUUUUCCUUGACCCUAAAUAACCAGGUGUAAAGGUCUUUGCUGACCUGUAGCAUGGUGCUGAUGGCCAUUCUCCUCCCCUCCUGUUCUUUUUUAGAAGGGGAGGUUCAAAACAUGCUACAUAGUCUGAACCAGCCACUCCUAUAUGUUUGAGUGUUCAUUUUCACUUGUUUUUGAACGGCAGAGGUAGGGUGUUAACUGAUGUCUCCUUGAAUCGUUUAUCAUUAUCUAUCAGCCAUGGUAUUGUUAUCAUUCUUUGCUCUUUGCAGUUUAUUUUUUUCUGAUAUAAUUCCAUCUCACCUUUUUUGGUCUAACUCCUGCCACUUUGUUUCUUUUCACUUUCCUCCCUAAGACGUGAGGUCUUGGCGGGGUUGUGGUGAGGAGGAGGAGGAGGCCAUGAGGAAGAGCUUGUCUCCGUUGCCAGGCAAUGAGGGCGGGGGCUCAGCCGGCACCACCCGGGUUUUUGGCGUUCCUUUGGAGGAGGUGACACGUACUCACACAAUCAGUGGCCAUGAGGUUCCUGCACUGGUGAAACACAUCGUUGAAUACAUUGAGGAGCACGGUGAGUAAACAGACUGUUUGCCAAAUGCUUUGAUUACAUUUCUUUAUUAUGUGUCAAAUAUGAUUUAUAGUGGAAACGUUUUUAUUAUAUCAGCGGUCACAAAGCUAAAACAUCUGAACGAUCAGCUAAUAGUCAUUGUUUAAUUAGAGUGUAUUCUAUGACUCAUAUACACUCACGUGUGUGCUAAAGGAUGUGUUUGCUGGAAUGUGACUGAAUGUACUGCAAGUAGGUUGAUUUGUAAAACCUCCCUUGUUCUAACAACCUUUAAGUACACUGGAGAUUUAGUGGUAAAGAAAUCAGAGAGACAAGCUCGGACAUGCUUAGAACAUGAAAUAAAGCUGAAUAUGCUUCAUUUUACCAGCUACACCUCCAGGUAUAACCAGCUUGCAAUGUCAGGUACACGUGCUAAGUCUGCCUUACUGUUUUCUGAAAUAAUGUUUUGUUAAUCAGCUUCUGUUAUUGAAUAAGUUUGGUGUCUGCCUCACUCUAUAAGCUGGUCCUAUUCAAAGAACGAGAGUGUUAUUUAUAAUUAGAGCAAGUUCUCACAAUCAAAACUAUUAUUUUGUUUUUGCCUCUCUACUGAGAAGUCGAGGCUUUUUACAGACAGUUCUACCUGUAAGACUGAAAAUACAGAAGCUCAAUAUCAACAUCUCAAUAUCAAAUGAGUGAAAGAAAUAAGAUUGCUCAUACCAGGUUUAGCCCACUCAUUGCUUUUAUCAUCCUUAAGUACAUCCCUCUGAGAACUCAAAUACAUCUGAUAGUGCUCCGUAAUGUUUUAGUUUCCCAAGCACGCCCUGCUGCUGUUGCCCUGCCGUGACUGCUUUUGCAUCACGAUAAACUAAAAUAUGUCGCUAGCAGAGAUCCAGUUUAUGUGAUAAGAUGAACUCUGGAUGCACCAGCAGACAGCUCCACAGUCUGCUUCCUUCUCCAUUACAUAAGAGUUCUGUCAACUGCAGCUUCACUUGUGAAAACAGAAGAGCUGAGCUGUGAAGAGAGGAACCCACCAAAAGUCCUGGCCCCAGGCCUUUCCCAUAUCCACCCCCAAACGUUUCCCUUCAAGCCUGGCAGAGCAGGAACUCUUCUCUUAUAACAUUAUCUUUGGAGAAUAAAAAAGUUUGCUGUUCUGACUUUUUGCUCCUGAAGAUGAGUAGGGUAAAAAACAAGAAUUGCUUCGAUAGUUUUUUAAACUUACUAUUGUUGGUAGUGACUCGUAUUGGUAUUAGGUACAUUGUGUUAAAUGCAGAACAUCAUGGGCAGUGACCAGCUAUGCAAAGUUACUUGGUCCAUUUUUGAUUACCUUAGUUUAUUUAAUAAAGGAAUGCAUUGAAAAGAGGCAUGUACCGGAGGUUGUCUGGUGCAGCGCAGACAGGCAAGAAUGUUUUUUUAUGUUGGGGUAUUCAGUGUUAGCUCUAAAGUGUUAUGCAACUCAUCUAGCCCUCAGCCAGAAACAAAGAUAUUCAACUCUUCUCAUACGUAACAUGCAUUGUUGAAGUGAGAGAAAAGUGUGGUCAUUCCUGUUGUCAUGCAAACCUGUAUUAAGACUAAAUACUAAACUGGAUCAGAUAGCGUUGUACCUAUAAUUUUGCUGCGAAUAGUCUAUGAAUUUGUGAUUAAUGGUUCAAAUCUUUGCAAAUGACUUUGAUAAAUGCAAAUGUUUUCCACAUUCAAGUGAUCAACUUUGCGAAGACAGAGAAAAGAAGCCUUUUGGUCAAAGUAUCUCUACAUCUCAUAUCAGAUAAAAUUACAUAAGCAUGCAAAGUUUUGAUUUUAGAAAUAACUGUAUUGCUGCUUUGUCUCAUCAUAAAAGCAGUACAAUUUAUUCUAAAAUAUUACCCUGAUUCCACUACGAUAUGCAAAGCUAAUAAAUAUGUUGAGUGUUUCAACAACAUGGAACGAAUAUGUAAACAUUCAUAGAAAUCAAUAUCAACUUAAGCUGUGAUAGAAAGGCUAAAUCUACACAGUAAAGAAAGCACUAAGAGUGUGUUGAAAUAUGGGUUUUUGAAUGCUGUGGUGUUGUUAAACCUUAACAGUGCAGAGAAAGAAAUAAUGAUGCAUAUCUGUAGACAAGUUCAACAAAGAUAAAUCCAGUAUUUCUUAUCUUUUCUAUCUUGACUUGAGCACACAGUCAGCCUUGCAAACUUGCUUGUAAAACCGGUCAAGUAAGUGGAUAUUUGUUAAACCACUGCUUCACCUCAAAUCCCCUCAAGUGACCAGUGAAGCAGGGUGAUGGUUUGUGUGUCCUGGGGGCUGCUUGACCAUAUGAGGUUAUGUAACAAGACCCUAAUCCUCCCAGGCCUUUGCUUAGAGUGCUGCUGCUGCCAAUUCAAAAGUUAUUCAGCCAGCGAAAAGACCUUAAUCUCUCUCAUCUAAUUUGUUUUUGAUGUCCAAGGUUUUAGCAGGAGCAGUCAGUUGAAAAUCUGAAUUUUGGAGAUAAUCUAGUGUUAAGAUGGAGAUGGAAAAUGUGUUGGACUAAACCUGCAUGUACAAUUUAUCAGGGAUAUGCUGCUUUGGUAGAUAUAACCACUGAAACAUGGGCAUGACCAAAGCUUUUAUAUAAGAUUAAAUACCUAGUUGUUGUUCAAUGCUUGUUCGCAUAUGUACAAGUUGUUAAAUGGAGAAAACAAAGAUCCCACAGGACUCCAGUCAAACAUUCAGACUGAAAGAUGAGUGACUGAGACGUUUUCACCUUCUAACUGAGUGUGAUUCACAAACCAUCUGAUCUGCCUGCACAUACAGGAAGACAAAACACCUUUUGACUUCCCCAGCAGUCGACUUUCUCUAUUUUUACAUGAAGCAUUUAUGAGACACAAUGCAAGUCAAGUACGUUUAUUAAAUAGAGUUAUAGACCUACAGACGGCUGUAUGCAAUGAAAAUUUGCAAACAUCAUCUUGAUUUGAAUUUGUGUAAAUCUGACCGGUAGUUGGUAAAGUAGCUACCAGCAGUGGUAGUUGGAGAUGCAGAAAACGCACACUCACAAAAUGCUUUGCAUGACACCAUGUGACAAACCAUGACAGCAAACAUAGCAUGAUGCAAGAUAAACAUAUGGCUUAUUAUUUAAAGAAAGUAGACGCAAUAGUAUAAGAAUGAAGCUAUUGUUCUGCCGUAUUAAAAACUGGAAAAGGUUAAGAAAAGAUUUAAAAAAAGAUAAAAAAAUUUACCUCCUGUCUGCUACAGAUGCAACACCAAAACAUGAACAACUUUUACAAUGUGCGGUUCUUUCUGCGUGUGUCAACAGGUCAUCUAGAUCUGGAGGGGCUCUUCCUGGUAAAUGGCAACGCAGAGCGCGUGGAUUGGCUGCGCCAGCGUUAUGACAGUGGAGAGGAGGUGGAGCUAGAGAAGGAGGCGGAUCUUGCAUCAGCAGUCAGUCUGCUCCGACUCUUCCUGCAGGAGCUUCCUGAGCCCGUUAUCCCAACAUCGAUACAGGGGCACAUACUACAGCUGCACCAAGGUGUGUUACGACAACUGCAGCUUCACCACUUCAUUCUGCAUUUUCCUCUGUACUUACUCCUACACCUGACCUUUAAGUUUUUCCUCUCUGACAUCAGCUGCUUUAGAUUUUUUUUUCCAUCAUGAGACUACGUAAUCAUGUUCAUUUCUUUAGGCUUUAAUAGUCGUUUUAAAACAUCAACAAAAUUAAAUUUAUGUAUAAAUAAAUGGCUAGGUAUUCACUCAGAACGUGUACAAGAUGAUAUUGAUCAAUCCAGACAGCUAAUGCAGAGCUGGAGUGAAACAUGUUCAACAAAUGACUUUCACAGAUCCCUCACCUAAUUUGUUGUUUCACUUUCUCUCCCCUGCUCUCUCCUUGUUUGCCUGUUUUGAUCGCAGAUAAUCUGCCCUCAUCCCUCGUCAUUAUGAGCCUUGCUCUUGUUGCUGUCAUGCAGAUUACAGCAACAGGGAGUUCACAUGUCAUGCCAUUUAUGUCUCGUGUUAUAACCAAAAAAGGCACUACAACACAGAGGGAAGGAUUAUCAUUUUGUGUCCUUUUCCCCUCAGAUUUUAUCUCCUGUUUCUCCUCAUUUCACCUCUCACCCAGAGUAAAGCAUUUAUCUAGCCAAAAGAAGAACUACAAACAGAGGUGUUAUUCGCAAUCAGUCUGAUAAAAUUAUUAUUUGUAAGUUAAUCAUAACAUGUUUUGUGUUCUCAAACAUCUGCAGAUUACAGCAACGAAGAGGAACUGUGUAGAAACCUGAAGUACCUCCUGCAGCAGCUUCCCCAGCUCAACUACGGCUUGCUGCGCUUCCUGUGCCGCUUCCUGGCCAGUGUGGCGUCACUUCAACAGGAGAGCUGGAACAUCGGGACACUGGCCGCUGUCUUCGGGCCAGACAUCUUCCAGUAAGUUGCCUGUGUAUCAAUAAGAUAGAUAAUGACGAUCAAAACAGCCUAACUGAUCAGUCCGUUGAACUCGAGGCUCAGUGACAUGGGUAAAAGUAAUGCUCCAUGAUGACCGUGUAUAUUACGCUGUGUGUGUAGUAAAGCCUCACAUGAGGAGGGAUUAAUAAAGCUGUUUCAAUUUAAACAACAUUAUUAAUUAAGAUUAGUUAAAAAUUAGGGAAAUUUGUAUUGAAGAGCUUGUUAGUUAAACCAUGCAUGUAAAAGACAGUUAUAUAUAGACAAGAAUAUAUUGUGUACAAGAGCUGAAAUAUCAGGUAAAGUGUAAAAUAAAUACAGGUACCAACAACAUCAUAUCUGCCUGAGAUCUGGAGCUCAAAAAAGGGUGUCAUGCUGAAAAUUUUUAGUGGAAAAAUAUAUAUUUUUUUCCUGCUGAAAUCCCUGCGUAGAUUUAUCGGCUCAUCACCCUCUUUAAAUAAUCUAAGAGCUUUUUUGCAACAUAUUUAAACUGGGAGAAAGUGAAAGCAGCAAAAUAAAACAGGAUCUCUGCACAGAAAGAAAUUGAUUUCCCUGGCAUCAUCAUGCUGACAGAGGCACUUCCUUGUGUAAUUAUUUAGUUAUUGUAAUUAUUUAACCUCCUGCAGAAGCAGUGUACAACCCACACAACAGACUGUUCUCUCGUAUCCUGUGUGCAGUCUGUCAACAGAAGCAGAGGACCUUCGAGACCAGGAGUCUAUCAGCAGGGUCCUGGCUGAGCUGUUGGACAACCAAGAAGGCCUGUUUGACUCUGAGGAUGAUGACGUCUCCACCACCAACGACUACAGCUCCAUCAAUGAACAGGUACUGCAAAAUGACAUUUAUCUCCCCCAUAUUACAUUCUAUCUCCAUAUCAUCCACUGGCUCUACAGUUAAACCUGCUCAACACAGAGUAGGAAACAAGUUAAGCUGUUGCAUUUCUUAAUUUAAGCCAAACAACAGGCGCUCUGAAAUCUUAAAAGCUGAUAAUAGUAAAUAAACUUCAGUAAGCCAAGCAGAAUGUGUCAGAAACAUUAAUAUUUUACUUCUCUAGCUUCUGUAGUUAUUGUUGUUCAGUACAAGGUAAUGCCAUCAAAGCUUAUCCAACAUCAAGAUAUUUUUCAAAGAGAUUUAGAAGAACCCCACCCAGACACACCCACACACACAAGCACAUACUGAACACGGAUCACUGAAAAACACUGGGCUGUGUUUAGUGUGGAGAGAAAUAUUUGAGCAUAUCUUGAACGUUUCUUCUUCAUUUUUUCCCAAACAAUGUUGAUUUUUACAUUCUUGUACUAUAUACUCUGAACAUCCAGAAUGUAUCUAGCAGACUGAACAAACUCAAAGGCAUUUCCCCAGCAAGCAAACCUCAGCACAGGGCCAAGAAUCACAUAGUCAACAUUUUAUGGUACAAAGAUUACAUUGUGUUAUCACAAGAUAACAAAUACAUGAAAACAAUAUUAUAAAAACAACCUUUGAUAACGAUCUCAGGUUGCUUUUCUUCGAAAGUUCCCGUCACAUUUAAGAUUAUAUUUUCCUACUGAGUAGCAAAACUGCAAAGAUCAUGUUCAAAUGUCAAAGUUAAAGGAGUUAAGCCGGUCCAGCCAGGAGAGAGAGAGGCAUUUCUUUAUCUAAAUCCAUCAGCAAUCCAGUUCUUCCAAACAGUCUGCCUAGAAUAACACUUUCAGUCACUUCUUUCAGCACCUUCAUACCUCAUUACAGCUUAUUUAUUACAGUUUUUACUUUGCUUUAAUGCUUUCUUAACACAUCGCUCCAGAGGAAACUCGGCAUCAAUUUUACCUGUAACCUUGUGUUCAUGUACCCGUCAUUUUCAGCAUUAUUCCUCUAUUCAGGAUAAAUAAUCUCAGCUUUUCAAAAAGCUCUGGUUUGUGGAAGAGAGUUAAUUAGAUUAAAAUUUAGCUUUUUGGUAAGUUGAAGUGGAUUUUUUUUGCCCUGCACAUCUCUUUGAAAUUAAUUUUCUUUUACUUUCUCUUCUCUUUUGGUCUCUCGUUGUCCCCAAUUUUAUUGGCUGCUGUGCUUCAUGAAUCAGAAUAUAAUAUUACUUAAAGAGAGAGAGAACUACUGAAGAAGAACAAGCAGACAGGGACAGUGAGAAAAAUGUGUUCAGACAAAUCAUUUCUGCACUAAUCCAUGUGUCUUAUGUAAGAGAGAGGGCACAAAGGGUGGGUGGUUUACAGAGGUAGAAGGAAGAAAAGCAGACAAAAAGAUGGGGCGACAAGAUGGCGAGAGUACAGAGAGAAGAAGAAAGAAAGAAAGCCAAGGGAGGGGGAGACAGCGAAGGAGAGGAAGGAUAAGAAAAGAAGCUGGUGGUGAUGUAACCAUGCAACUCACACCUCCAGCCCCCUGCUCCACCGGGGAUGGCUCUGUCUGUGUGAACAUACCCUCAUGAAGGGGAUAAUCUCCCACACACAGAAGCACACACACACAUAUGCUCUCUCUCAGGAGACAAACACGCUUCGCGCUUGAGAUAAGCCUGUUAACAGAGUUAAGAGCAGGUUCAAAAGCCAAAAGUUCAAAAUAUUUCUAAAUAACUUGAAUUUUUCCCCCAUUUAACCAUGUGCCUCUUUUUCUGAAACUGCACUAUUUUAGAUUUCAUCUUCCUAAGAUUAGAAAACACCAAAAACUAAAUUUACAACAAAUAAAAACAACUUUGAAAUAAACUGACACUUUAUUCUAAGCCUCACAAAGGUUGGUCAUUCAAGUUUGAUAAAAUUCCAGGAUAUCACUCAUGUUUGAAGGAUGGUUGGAAAAAGAAGCACAUAGAAGAUUGAGGCUAAGAGAAAGAAGGGGACAGUUGUGUCCUGGUUUUUUGUUUCAUCACUAAAACUUAAUGAUACCAGAAUUGAUGUAUCAACAAACAGUCCUGGAUUUCGGUGUGUUUGUUGGCAAAACUGGGGCCAGUUUAAUUACAGUUGAGGUGAGAGCAAGACUGCAGAGGCAUGUUGUUGCUAUGAUGAAAACUGUGGGUGUAUUUGUUUGGUGUCAGUGCUUGAUGAAGUGCUGUGGAGCUAGAGUUUCUGGACAGAGCAUGAAACAAUAAUUGAAAUUGGAAAAUAAAGAUGCUGUAUUCAUACUCUCUAUGCAUUGGUACGAAGGCUGGGCUUUUGGAGAGCAAGUGUUUUCUCCUUAGCACAUCCUUCUACACACCAGCUAGAAAAACAGAGAUUUUGAUAGACCACAUUACACCCUGUGGUAUUAGAAAACCGGCAUGUUCUGUUUGACACAUAGCUCUUAGAAAUGGAGCAACAGAGCUGUACCAGUGUGUUAUGAACAUGAAAAAUAAGGAGAUUGUUCAAUCAUAAUAAGCUCUGUGUUCCGGGGCUUUGUGAACUCUUGGCUUUGCUGUCAAAAAUGUGACUUGUAGGCUGUAUCAAAGGCUGUUGCCUUUUAAGCCUCUUUACAAUAUUACAUAAAUGCCAUGAAAUUUUUCAUGAUCUUGUUUCUGAAUAAGACCCCGGGUCAUGUCUACAAGAAUCUAAGUCUAUUCUGAAUGGUUCAGAACUUUUCUGUGAAGUUUUGAGAAUAUUUUACAAACCUUCUGAAUUCUGUAAAUCUUUGUGUUGAUGCAAAAUCAGCUGAAGCACAAGUUUGAUGUACACAAAGAAAAAUAAGUAUAUGUUGUGUAUCUUUGUGUAUGUUAAUAAGGAGGACCAAAAUCUCCUAAUCAGCACAUCCUUUGUAUAUUUACUUCUGCACUGAAGAUUCUCUAAAUAACCAGUAUUACUUAAAACAGCUUAGUAAAUGAAAUGAAAGACUUGAAAUCUGCAUUAUAUCCUGUUCUUUUCCCUCUUUGGGCAUAAAAAACAAACAACAGGAGUGUUUACUUUCAUUCAUUUAAAAUAAAACUGAUGAGAAAAUGAUUGUUGGAAUGAUGCCAGUGUCCUCAGGGCUCAACACAGCCGUCAAUCAUGUUUUCUAGCUAUAAAAAAAAGAUUUUAAUUAUGUUUCUCUUUGCUUUUACUGAGAAGAUUUCAGAAAAAUAACCAUCAGAAUUAAGAUGUCAUAAAAUGGAGAAUUACUCAACACUAGUCUUUGUAAUGAAUCUGGUACGGUUGCAUGUCCUCCUGCUGAGCCUGUCAGUCAACACGCCUGAGGUCUAAUUACAAACCAGUUAGCUGUCUCCUUCCCAAGGAUCUAACAACCUACAUAUCUGUUCCCAAUGUGCUUUCUCAACAAAACUCUGCUCUGUGCUCAGCGAGGGUACUUCACUGUUUUGAUUUGUCUGUGAUUUCUGAGGGGAGAUAACGCCUAAAGGACCAUUAUGCUAUAUGAUAUUAUCAACAAGCACGGGAACAAGGGAUUAUUUAUUGGUUUUUAAACAUGAAUUGUGGGACUGUACUUAUGGUGGACAAUAUUAUAAUUGUAAUAUCAUAAAUAGAACGUUGAGUUUACCUGCUUUAAAAUAUACAAAUAUUUGAUAAAAACGUUCUGAGUUAUGAGGAUACAAACAGAAAUGAAGUAGAGGUGAUUUCCUGAACACUGAAGACUGAUUGCAGAUGCAUGUUACUCUAAGUGUGAAAACUUGCACUCCAAGCUAUCUAUGUUUGAUCUGAUCACCUGGGAGCGCAGGUGUAAAUGAACACUGAGUCAUUGUAAUUGUUCUCUGCAUUGGUUUGACAGUUUUGAAGACAUCCAGCUGUUUCUGUCAAUGUCUUUACUUAGCUGAACCUUCACUCGCAGGCAACACUACGUACUGAUUUUAACUUUGUAAGUUUUGAACAGGUCUUUUUUCAUCGAAGUACUGAUGUAACUGCAUCAAAAUUAGUCACUAUUGGGUGUAACCAACCAGACUACAAACAGUCAGAGGAGAGGAUUUAAUGUUUACAAACUCACAAGUGGAAAUUUAUUUAGUUCAUGAAUUAUAUAACUGGACAUGCUUACACAAAUGUUGCACCGGCAGUUAGAUUAAUCAUGAUUGGUUACGUAAAACUGUCAAAUGCAUGCUAAAUUCCAGAGGUCAGAGCUCAUACUGAAUUACAUCCUGGCCUGCUGACCCAGUGUUGGUCAGACUAUCUGUUGUCUGUCUGUCUUCUUAAUUAAGUCGCUUAAUAACAGCCUUAUUUUAUCAGGUCGUUGAAUUUAACCUCAGCAGAUACAUGAUCAGCACGGGUCUCAUUACCGCAUCUCUGCCAGCUUAUUUAAAUGCUCCUGGAGCUGAGCCAUGUCUCUGAUACCACAGUGUGUACUAACUAUACAUUGGACUGUGGACACAGAUCAGAGCCGUGUGAAUAGACCAGCAGGAAACAACAUAUAUAUGUUAAAUCAUACAGACAUGUGGCAGAGUGGCAGGCUGUCGAGCAUUGACCUAUUUGAGAUGGAACGUGUUGUUAUUUAAGUAGGAAGUGAUGGCCUAGUUGGAAAGUCAGUGGAUGUGUGAUACUUGAGUAAGGAGGCAUUUGGUGUGAACACACACUCAUUUCACACAUUUUUGUUUGUUUUUCAAAUAGAUAAACAGCCGAUCUGUGGAUUUAUUUAUGUCGACUAGAUUUAAUGAGCGGCUGGAGAGAUUGCAAAUGUCUAAAAAUCGGGUUUUAACACAUUUGAAGGUGAGGAAGAGAGAUGGAUCACACAGCCCACUCACUGCCGGAACACUAGGUCACAGGGCUUUUCUUCUGAGGUACAGCUGGAAGUAAACAGUACAAGCACAUGGGCAGGAUGAGUGAGAACACACAGUGAAAAGAAGAUUAAACCUGAAUAAGUUACACCUGAAUUCAAGAGUGCUCUUUGAAUGUUGACUUUGGUCAAAUGUAAGUGUUUUUUGUUAAAUGAUUGAUUUUUAAACCAAUUUCAGCUGCUUUAUAGUCACGCUCCAUGUGAAAUGUUUUGAAGUGUCAGUUUCAGUUUUCUGCUAUUUGUAGUGACAUUCCUUUAUCAGCCAAACAUAGAGUGAGUUAACUGGUGCAGCAAGGCAAACUGUGAUUAGAUUAUUGGAAUAUGAAUCAUCAGCUGUUAUUCUCAGUAAUGGGUGUGUGGAGGGAUUGUUCACCAGUUGGCUGAUGCUCAAAACAACAGUCGGUGAGUUUUUUCUGCCUCAGUUUCAAACUUAUUUAUCACAGUGAUUAUAUUAGAAAAGUUGCAGUGAAUAAAUUUGCUUGUUUUCUUCAGAGCUGCAUAACUGUGUCAUACAAUUUAGGUCAAGGCUGCAGCUUUUUGUAAACAAGAGAGAGACCCUUAACCCUCACAAGCAAAGUCUCAGUCCAGGCUUACUUGGACUCUUGCCAUGCAAAGAUAAAUUGUAAAAAAUAGGAAAAUAUCACGAGGUUAUAAAUCCAUAAAUAACAAAUGUACAGUAAGCGAAAGACAGGUCAAGUUUGCAGGUGUUGUAUGUAAUGCUCCUCGAUGAUAACGUCUAUGUCAUUCACUGUAGUUUUGAAAAAGAAGAGCUUAAUAAAAAAAAGAGCCCUCAGAUAAUUUGACGUGCACUGACAGGAUUCUGUCCUCUGCAAAGUAAACAACUAAAUAAUUAAAAUCACAGGAAAUACAAAACAAAAAUGGGUGAUCAUAUGGGUGGUCCUCCUGUACUGGACAUCCUUCACCCCUUACAGAAAACUAAAAAAAGCCAUUUUACUUGAGCUAGAAUAAAUUUGCUCAUUAAUUCAGCAUUCUUAUCAAAAACACUUUACAUGUUUAACCGGAUUCGAAAAAAGCUGCUUCUCUUCCUGGUGUUUUCUCAUUGAUGCACAUCAGACCUGCUAAUGAACCUGCCUUUUGGUAUGCUCCAACAAUCGUUUGGGUGUAUUGGUGGAAGAUAAAUCAAACACAAAAAUGAAGCUAACAAUCACAGUAGUCUUUGCAACCACCGAUGUAGGCCACAGCGUGAGACUUGUAAUGUCAGCCUCAGUCAGUUGUCAUUGUUCAGUGUUCUUGGCCCACAAUCAGUUCAACUAAUUAUGUCAGCAGGGCUUGUUGUUUUCUCUGUUUUCCAUCCUGAAACUCCGGGCAAGACUGCUGAAACCACCGCCAAGGCCAAGACCUUUUGUUCCAGGGCAUCUCUCUGCCCUGUCUUUUCACCCACUCGGACACACAAACACACACAGCAUACAAAGAUAUAUACAGAAACGCACAAGGACUUCAUUAUGCAGAGAUGGCUUGUAGGUUAACACAAUUAAGAGAUUACGCUUUUAGUUUCAUGAAUGAGCCUCUUUUCCUUUAAACAUCAUUUUACCUCAGAGGCUUUUACGCAGAAGAGCCAUGAUCAUGGCCAUAACACCACUCGAAUCAUUUAAAUGAGCCCCUACAGCCCAAGGGAGAGCUAAACACACAUGUGUUAGUGUUCAUUAUAUCAGCUUAAACUAAAGGAAUGUACACAAGGGAUGCUCCUUUUUCAUACUGUCGAUCAGUGACCUUGAUAGAGCAUGCUCCUGGAUGCUGAUGCUGGUGUAUAAUCCAAGGUCAUAACCAUGAAACUGUAUGAGCAAAUUAGAGAAUAAAACAAGCAAAACACAACCACCAGUAUUUUUUAAAAUGCUCUAACCACUUGACAGGAGUCAAAACAAAGUGUUUUACACACAGAGAGUGAAACGAUUGACUGUGUAGAGGAAACAAUCCCUCAAUCAAUCACAUUUUUUCUUUAGAAAAUACACUCACUUACUCUCCCAUGGGUGACCAUUCUCAAAUAUAUAUCUGUUGAAGUUAUGACAGAAAUAGGCCCAAUGUCUGUCUUAAGUUUUUAAAAGGAGGUUUGGGGAUUUCAUGUUUAUGAAACUUUCCACAGGCAGCAUGUGCUCUGUUGUGAAGUCUUUGGGUUGAAUAACUAGCGGCUGGGCCUGUGUGGGAGACUUUAGAGGGAAUAUUCAGAAGAACACUCUCAGGCCCAUGACUUUUUCUUUUUACUUAUAUGACAAGCGAGGUGUUCUUUUGGUGUUGCACCAUUUUACAGUCUACAAGGGCCUGUUAUUUAAUCUAUUGACUGUCCUCAAUAUGCAAGAGGUUAUUUAACAACAGUUGCAUUCAUUGACACAAAACACAAGGUCAUUUGCACAAAUUUGAUUAUGUUGCUUUAAAGUCCACUUGUGUUUUGUUUAUGUUCAUGUAAACAAAUUUUACAGGAGUUGUCAGAGGGCUAUGUGAAGUAGAGUGAGAGGGUGUGGUGUCUUAUCAUUAUCUUACAGCUUUCCCCCAUUUAGUCACUAAAUUAACAUUUUACAGACACCUACACACGCAAAUCCAGAGAGUGUGGCUCCGCUUCACUGCACAAUACAGAGAAUUACUUUAUUUCUGCUAAAUUGAAUUUGAGAAUCUCUGGUUAUAGCGGAAAGGAAUAAAAUGGCACUCAGGGUGUCUGAAAAGAGGCUUCUUUACCUAAUCACACACACACACACACACACACACACACACACACAGAGGAGUAGUAUGAGUCAUCCUCCCUGAUCUGCACAUGUGACGAUGCAAGAAUUCCCUGUCAGCCAAUCAGAGCUUGCAGAAUAGAGGUGUUGCUGUAGCAACGACAGUGACAGAAGCAGAUGGGGCGUCUGCUGAGAAAGAGGCAAAGAAGUAAAGAGGGAAGAAACGAGGACAGACAAACGAGAGAUAGAGAGGAAGACGGUCACAUUAUGACCUUUUAACCCAGGUGUCUUUCAGGGCGUUUCCAAGUUAGUUUUUUUUUACUCAGAUUCAAUCAGUGCUCAAAUAAUUAGUGUGGUUUUGUUUUUGCAUACAUUGAAGAAAAAAAUUGUUACAUAUGUAGCUGAGUCAAACAUAAAUUAGUAUUUAUUAAAGGGGACCUGCCACCAAAAUUUCAUACCCAUUUUUAUCAUUUUUUCAUAAUCCUUGAUGUCCUCUGAUCAUGUUUGCAACAUAAUUUUAGCUGAAAAGUUAUUUGAUGGUUUGUUUUAGUAUGCCUAAAAAACCUUACAGGAAAACCAACUGGUUUUGGCUCAUUAACAUUUAUGGUAAUGAGCUUUGCUCUGAUUGGAUCGCUGCUGUGAAGCCUGCUGUGCUCUGAUUGGCUCAGCAGUGGAGGUUCGGAUUUCGGUUUAUCUACUGUUAUUAUGCUAAUGCUAAUAGCAUAUGCUAAUGUGUGCUAAAGUAAGGUGCCCAGGUGUCUGUAAUGAUAUUCGGUGCGGCGGCGGUGGUGCAGGGGCUGCGUGAUCACAGACAAAGUCUCGGUACUAUUUAGUAGCAGCGCAUGCCCCUUGUAAUAACCCCGUAAGAACUGUUGUUCAGGACUGCUAACUUGUGCUUCCUACCAAUUCGGCUACUGUAAUAACCGUUGUUUGAGCCCACACGCAACAUUUUUGCUCUCAUUAAUGAAACGCUUAAAUCGGGGACAUUUUCGGGGACAGCUUUUGCCGGGGACAGAUCAUCCAAUACGGGGACUGUCCCCGGAAAUCGGGGACGUCUGGUCACCUUAUGCUAAAGGCUAAAAACGGCAGGUAUUAAAUCAUAUAUUUUAGACCCCGAGUCCGAAGAGGAGGUUGAAGUUGAGGAAGAAGCUGGAGAUCUCCAGCGGUGUUUUCUCAUCCAUUCUGCUCGGCUUUAAGUUCAUUUUCCCGGCAGUGAACCGAAGGAAACACCGAUCGUUUGGAAGAGACCCAUACCGGAUACAACGGUAGCUGGGUCUCGCUCUGGCUGUGACUGAGUACGAGUACGAGAGAGUGGGCGCGGCUCACCGAGGACGCGCUCGUGAAUAAUAAUGAGCAACGUCGGCGCAACGUAACACCGACCUGCUUUUUCUAUUGGCCUGGUUUACUCGUUCCUUUAUUUUAAACCUUUACAGAAUGCAAAUCAAAUUAUUAGUGUGGUUUUGUUUUUGCAUACAUUGAAGAAAAAAAUUGGUACAUAUGUAGCUGAGUCAAACAUAAAUUAGUAUUUAUUAAAACCAUUAUUCAAACGUUCAUGGUCCGCUGGUGGAGCAGCGUUAAUGUCCUGCACUUUUCCACGUAUAAAACUGCAGAAAUCACUGAUGUUAGUUCAGGAUGCAACAGCAUCACUUUGAAGCAGACCCUCAUAGUUAUGUUAAGUUCAAUGAGUCUACUGGUGGUGUUAGGUACAUGUCCUCUCACCAUUCUCUGAUGAAUCUUAAGCUCGUUCAAUGUGUUAACAUGGAGGAAGUGGGCUGUGAAAGCUGUACUGCAGGCAGUUAGGAGGUGCAAGUGUUUCAGCUUUAACUAUCCAGAAACUGACACGUCUUUCAUCUGUUUCUUCCAUCAGUCUAUGAUAAAACCGACAGAUACUCCAACAAAGGGGCUUUUUUUUAAGAGUAACUAACCGACUAAAGCUGGAGACUUACUUGCUGUUAAGUACAUGUGCAUGAAUGCAUGAUGGCUGUCACACGUUCCCAGUUUUAGUUAUGUGCAUUGGCCAUGCAUAUCCUCUAUUAUUAACACUGGAGGUGCAGUAUGAACAUAACAGCAGGGCAGUGUAGAGGCAGUGUGAGUAUGAUCAGCAGCAAGGAUUACACGCACGGCAGGCAGCAUUGUAGACAAGCUGAUAGCUCUGGUUAUUUACAUAUCAUCUAUGCUGCCACCGCUGUUACUUUUUCUGCUAUGAUCACAACAUGAAGAUAAGAAUAACCUCCCAGUGCGUAGUCAUGUCUGUUAGAUCCACACAAUUGGUUGCUGUAUACAGCAUGAGCCUAUGGCAUGCCCUCAGGAGGUGUUUUUCAAUAACACACGUAGUGCAUAGUGAAGUUUAUUUACAAUGACGCUCAUGACGCAGCCAGAUAUGAUCACAAGGCUACACGACACUGAGAUCCUCGACCUAACAUGAUCUUUUCAUCGUUUUGCAUUAGAGGAAAGUUUGUCUGUUUUGAUGAAGAAGGUUGUUUGAGUAAAUCAGUCCUUGAUCUGUUUCUCUACUUACUGAGGUCAUUUCUGCACACCCUUCCCCACAUUUUCUCUCUCCAGCUGAGUUUGUGUUCAUCCUCACCACUCAGCUCCCCAUGCCUGAGGAUUCCUGUUUGUGGCUUGUUCUCAUGCUGUCAGCUCCCUGUGUAAUAAUGACUUAUUUCUGUCUACAUAUUUAUUACUCUCCCCUCUUCUCUCCAGCAUCUUCUAACCGCCCACCCCCCUUCUCUCCUUCCCGUCUUACAUCACUGGUUUGCCGUCGUAUUCAUUACAGUCAGCCCCCAUCACUGCCUCCUCCUCUUCCCUCUGGCUCUCUCUAGGUUUCUCCACUGCCUCUAUUUAUUGCAUUGACCUAUGAGCUGAAAUACAGGCUGGAAUACAUUUCAAAUAUGACAUCUGAUGUUAGUUUCUUGCAUUAUCUAUAUUGUAUUACAGAUGCAUAUUUUUAAGAGCUUGUUUUAUCCUCUGUACCUUUAAUUGUCUAAAGAGCAUCUGUUCAUUUUGGGAAUUAUCUUUGAAGUGCAGCAUAUCUUUUUUUACUUCACUUCUUUAAUCAACAUUACUGUGCAUUACCUAAUUGAUAUGAAAGGCUGUUGGUUAUAACCAGUAUUUUAAAGUCCAGAUGAAUAUAAAAAAAGUAAUAUACCUUUUGAAGUCUCAGAAUUGGUUUCCCGGUGUUAUGUUAGGCUUAUUUACCUUGUUGCACUAUUUGUCAUAUGACGAUCACACUCGGGUACAUUGAUGAGUCAACUUGAAAAUGAUAUAUUACUUAACCCUGCUUUAAACCCUCCACCCUGCUCCCUCCUUCUUCCCAGUGUGCAAACUCUUCUUGCUGUCCUACUUCGUGUCUUUCAAUUGAGAUUAAUCUCUCUGCUUCACAGUAUCUGUGGUGAGGACGUGUAACACAUCAGCCCUGUCUAUAUAAAGACGUGUUAUGAAACAAACAGACAUAUCUUGUUCCUGUCAUGUACACACAUUCUGCAUAUACAAACAUAUCAUCACCUUUCUGUGAAUUUCUCUUCCAAGCUAUCUUUCCAGUGAAUAACUGUGCUGGACGGUUUAUCUCCAUCAAGUGAAAGUCAGAACUAGGCUAAAUAAGAUUGAAGAGAGGGAGAUUAAAAAGUUCUUGUACAUUCAGAAAAUAAAUCAAAGUACAGUAUUUCAUGGAGACAGUUUGAGAGUUUGAUGAUGUUGAAUGAUGGCACAUAAGUAAAGUAUAUUUAUGGGAACUUUUGUCCUUGUGAACAUAAUCUUCCUUCUACUCAUAGCACUGAAGUCUUGAAGCAGACUUCCUCAUGAGGCAGUUAAAUGUCAGUGUGAAUUAAAGACUCAGUUUGCAAUGUUUCCUCCCUGCCCUUAAAAAUCAAAAUGUCUCAUUGCCUUAUACAUUUACAGAAAAGAAAACAUGCAGUAGGAUAUCAGUAUUAUUGCCAACUUUUACUCUUUUCAAACCCGAUAAAGUUUCACCGUUAAAGAUCUUAUUAAUUUAAGUUUCAUUGAAUCAUUUUGUCCCAUCAAAAACCUGAUCGAGAGCGAAAGAAAAGAAGUCCAUCUGUCAGGUUUCAAAAAUUGACAACGCCUCAUAAAAGUAUUAUGAUUUUUACAUAAUAACCUUUUGUGUCCUCUCAUGUUCCCGUCCUCAGAUCACAGAGCUGCUAGAUGACGAGAGGUGCGAGGCAGAAUGUGAAGAGCUGCCUCAGGACGGAGAGGAGGGUCCGGCCUCCUCUGACUCACCACAACACACACACUCUGAUGAAGGCCCUGCAGCCAGGUGAGCUUUUUAUAUUGUAUUCUUACGUAAGACGGUCCAUCAAACAUUGGUUCUGGGGUCAUUUCAGGAUGUGGAUGGAAUAUUAAAAGCGGUUAUGACCUUUGACAAAAGACCUUAAACUGGGUUAUGUAACAAGGAUGUUUAAGUUAUACAUUGAUCAGUAGUUCAUGUGGUAUUUACAGUGUUUUGUUUGGUUUGCUAUGGAUUCACAAGCAGUAAAAGUCAUCAAAGUCUAGAUACAGUCAUAAUCAUUAAAAAAAAUAUUUUUUAUGUAUCCUGUUGGAGUCUGCUCAGCAAAAUCACUUGAUAGUGGUGAAAUUGGGGUGCCAGUUUGGCCUGGUUGUUGAACCACAAUCCCACAUUGAAGUGGGAGGCCUGGCUUUGUCGCGGACCCUUUGCCCUUUGCUUCAUGUCAGUCCCCACUCUCUCUCCCAGUUUGCAGCUCUAUUCACCACCCUGUCUUGUAGAAGUAAAGGUAUAAAAAUAAACUUUAAAAACUAAAAAAUUAUCAGCUCUCUUUAGACAUAUACUUCCAGAUAGAUUCAACUAUAUAAUUAAUAAACAUACACUCGUCUUCUAUUUUUCACCCCACUGUGGAUGCUCUUAUGUUCUUCGCAGAUUUUGUGGCACAGCUGGUGAUUUAUAAAAGGUGCUGAAAGUCAGGAUUUCAAAACCAAACAUUUUAAUAAAACCAUUUUGAGAAAUAAAUGAAGCUUGGUGUAGAUUGUAGAUAAAACACAUUUUUGAGCUGCAGAUUGUGAUUCUUCUGUCAAAGAUUUAAACUAUUACACUGCCUUUUUAUGUAAAUGCAUCCUCUUUACGCCUGUAAGUUUUGCAUACAUAUUCUACACCCUCCCAAUAUUUUAGAUUGGUGAUUGGAUUUUUAGGGUCAGUGUAAUAGGAUGCACAAUUUAAAAUAUAUCUAAGUCACAAUUUGAAUAUGUAAUCCUCUCUUAAUACUAAAAGAUGAUAUUAGUGAAUAUUAAGUAGCUGUUGACCAGACAUGCAGACACUCACGUACACAGGAUAAUGACUCCGCCUCCAGACAGAGGGACCAGAGUUCAAUUCCCCUGCAGGAACAUGAUGAUCUUCUCAGGUUCUCCUGAUCUGCUGAUCUCUUGUUAAGUUAAUUACUGAGCACAGCACCCAGACUGCUCUGUAUCUGUACAGCUGUACAACCUUUACCUGCUACUCUUCAAUGACAAUUUACGACCGUAACCGAACACUGAAGUACAUGCACAGAUGUGAUGAUAAUACUAAUGAUAAAUAUAUAAAAAAAUGUUCAGAUUUUUCAUAAGAAGAAAUUAGAACUGUUAAGUUGAAAAUUUAUCCUGUAAACCUUUGUAAAACUUAAAUCAUCCUGAUUAGGUCUUCAUCUGCAAUAUUCACACAACAACACAAUGCUUUUUGUUAGUAUUCAUGAGGAGCAGUUUGUGUCGGAAAGACAGAACAGAACACUGUGGCAGUAAAAGACUUAAAAUGUAUUUGUUAGGAAAUGUUUUAUAGGAGAAGUCAUAAAGUCCUUCAAAAUUAAAUGACUUUAUUUCAGGAACCAAAAACAGGAACAAGUGAAUCAACCAAAUUUCAAUUUCUCAAAAUAAGAUUACAUCAGAGAGUUGCUAAUAAAUUUAUUCCUCCAAAAAAUCAUUUCUUGUAUGUGAAAAUAAAUAUUCCCUUUCCUAAAUCAGAGUUAGUCAUUUAUGCAGAGUAUUCGUUUGGAAAUUAAAAUUAGCUGCAGUAAGUCUGCACUCGGCUGAGGGGUCAGGACAAUGUGAUUGGUUUUUUACAUAAGAGAAGACUGUUUUAUGUGUCCAAUUUAGGUUUAUUUACUCUGUGUCUUUUUGAAGUUCAUAGACUGAAUCAAAUUUCUACUCUUUAUUGUGUCAUUGGCCUUGGCUGCAUUGCUUUAUGUGAUUUUUUUUUUUAUGAUAGGGUGUUAAAUCUGUCUCAUCAUUCAGAAACAUGUAACGUACAGCUGUGAAGGAUCAAAUAGAGUAGUAUGUUUAUUGUCUCUGAAUAAGGUAUGUGAAAUCCUGCUGCACUGCUUUUCCAGAGCUAAAUAAAAUAAGAUGAAGUAAAGAUUGUAAAAGUCAAAAACACACAUUCAGAGCAUGUAUACACAGUACCUACAUAAACAUAGAUGGGGGUUUAGAAGAUAAAAUGUGGGGAGGGGCUUUAAUUUCCCCAAGGGCACCUUCCCAAAAGGAUCAAUAAAGUUCUAUCCAAUCUUGUCUUAUCUAUUAAACUUUGAUUGACAUAGUGGUAUUAAUAUACAGUAUGGAGUGAAGUAUUCUUCGAAACUGUCUUCAUCCAGCACAGUGUGCAUGUGGUUGCGCUCGUUGAUCAGCAGCUCGCUACCUGUCAGAUAAAGUUGUAAAGCUGUAGAGCAGGACCAUAAAUUCAGUCUGCUGUGAAUCUCUGCCUCUACCUCUGAGUUUGUGUGUGUCAGUGUGUGUGUCUGUGUAUGUGUGUGUGUGUCAUGGUUAACGUCAUGCUGCUAGCCUUGUCCUACUGGCCUUUAAGAUGAUUACAGCCGAUAAUCCAUAAUCCACUCACACACACACACAUGCACACACACUCACAGUUUCUGAUGACAUACACACUCAUACUCACAUGAUUUCGACCAUACAGCACACUCAGUAUGUUUCUUUGUCAGUCUCAGUCACAGACAGAAAAAGACUCACAAGUUGAUUUUCAAGCAUUAGACAAACAUUCAAUAAACAUGCUACCCUCAGUUGUCGUCUCAUUCGAACUCCUGUUGUCCUCAAGUUCAACAGACACUGUUAGGACAGAUAACAGCAAAGUUCAUGUGUACCAUGUGUGUAAGUGUGUGUCAUCUUUCAAUGGGUGUCUGAUCUUUGGGGAGAUAAAUGGUUUAGGCGUUAAUACGCUGUUUGUGGGGAAACAUUAAUGGAUUCUGUGAGUGUUUGUGUUUUACUUGAGGGCGGCUUUACAGUAAGAGGCAGCUGCAGUCCAUCAGUACCCAGUGUGAAUGCAAAGCUUUAAUCAUUGCUGAUUAGUGUGUGCGUGUCUGUGCAUGUCUGUGUGUGUCUGUGUGUAUUAGGUGGUGGAGGAGGGGGUUACAUGCAGCAAAUAAUUUAAAUUGCACAUCACUGGCUGGACUGUCUCAUGUGAUUAUUUUAGCUUGUAUUAAUUCUCUUUUAGCUGAAGCCAGCCUGCAGUCACAGUCCGUGUGACUCUGGCUGACCCUGGUGUCUGGUCUGGGGGAUUAUUGUUUUAUUUGCAGACCCCUGAGUCCACAGUCCACACGGCAAAGCCAUUUAAAUAAUGUGGUUCCACAGCUUCGAAGUAUAUAUCUGCUUCAUGUGCUAAAAAUAUCCAGCACCCCAUCUUGUUUUGGAGCCAGCAAGCUUUUAUCGUCUUGUAGCUCACCAGACCUAGAAUAAGUAUGUCUGUAUUUUAUGAGGAAACCCACAGAGUUUGGCUGAAGAUACCAUAUGUAAAACACCUCUGCUGAAGGCCUUAAGCUCUGCUAUGUCAACACAAACUACAGAUGCAACCAGUUCAGUGAAUAUGUAAAACAAGGGAGAUUCAGUUAUGUAAUCAUUCCUGCCUUCAUAAUAACCAUAACCAUAAAUCUUUUGAUUUUGAGUAAAUAUUGCAUUAGUGCUUUAAUGUAUGAGAUUUAUGUUAUUGUCACAUUUUAAUAUCAAUGAGUAAUGCGUACUUUAUGAAGACAUUUACAAACAUGUUGACUUCUUUUGUUUCUGCACUAAAUUGGUCCUAAAAGAAAUUCUAAAGUGACCUGAAAACACGCAGGGUCAUAUGUAAUUCAUAUGUAGUUUUGAAAGACAUACAGGUAAAUAGAUGUAAAAAAAUUUUCAUGCACUUGUUAGAACAGCAGAAAAACAUGCUUAGUUUUUACGUAAUUUCUAGUUCAUUUUUUAUUUAUUUUUUUAUUUCAUUUUUUAUGACGCACAGUACUAUAGUGAAGACGGGACCUUAGUUUUUAAAUAGCCCUCUGAAAUAUUUAAUGUAUAGAGGGGUUGGGAAAACGUGUUUUAAAAAAGGCACAGAACAUUUACAUAACUGUCUGUGUACAUGCUGAACAAGGAGAGAGGGAGGGCUGUUGGUUUAGAUCAUCUUGAGCUGCAUCCAGAGAAAUAAGUGAGAUCAUCCUGAUACUGUGAAAUAAACAACUUCUCAGAUCCCACUGGAACUGCAAUUUCUCUUCAUUUUUUGAAAAGAAACUGUGUAUAGGCAGCUGAAAGUCUACCUGAGCCUGCCCAGGUGUCACCUUUGCAUGGGCAACACUUCUGUUUGAACUUAGUCGUGGUAAUUGUUAAAGACAUUCGGAAUUUUAAGUUUUAGUUAUAUAACAUUUUCUGAACCUGUAGUUUUUAUCGUUUAAAGAACGAGUAAUUUUUAGUUUGUUGUUUGGUAUUUUGUGGCCUUUACGUCUUUGAUUACGAUAAUGAAAAAAUUGAUGAGUCAGUGUGCAUAUGUGUUUUUAACUCAGAGUGACUUGACUGCUCUGAGAGCAGUGCUUUGUUCCUGUGUUCAUCAUUUAUUCUUCGACACAUAACUGUUUGUGACAGCUCUGUGAGAGAGGAAAGUUCCCAUCCUGUGACUCAACAUUAACUGAGGCUGAGUUGUUUGUCUAGCGCUUGACAGACAGGGAAGUCUGUCCUCUGUGGCUGUUGCAGUGCGCCCUUAAUAGACCCUGACAGCCAACGCACACAUACACACACCUUACAUGCUGACAGCUUCUGCUCAUUUCAAAUCUAUAUAUAAUCCCCAGUAUUCCUCUUCUGAUCUUCCCCCAUCACUGUUUCCCUCCUCCUGCUCUUUUCUGCUUCUGCUUCCAUCCUCUCUCUCUCUCUCUCUCUUCUUCCUCUCUCUGGAAAGUAUUUUUUCAUGGGACUUCUGAAAUAUCCAAGCAGGCUUAGCAUGAGGACUCCUGGGAUGCACUUCUGGCCCCCGUGAAGAGAAGCCAAGCAAGACGGAGGGACGGAUUAAUGGAGGGAACAGAAAAUCAGAGGACAGAGAAGGCGAAGGGGGGGUGGGGGCUGUGGAAAGUGUCCCUGCUUGUGAGCGUUUAUUGAUUCGCAGUCUGAGUGUAAAUGCAAUAUCAGCCCAUGGAACGGAAAAGGUCAGGAUGGGAGGUGCAAUUUAAACACAUUAAAAAACACUUGUCUUCAAUUGUGUUGUCAAGUUAGAGGCCUCAUUCUGCCCGUUCAUUCCUCACAGUCACAAACAUCUCAGCAAGCGUGACGCAUGGAGCUUCUUGUGUUACUGAUAACCUGUCUCGUUGCUCUUAAAGCACCUCUUGAUGAAUCCCCAUGUGAGUUCUCCGCAUGUUAUUUUUAUGUGGCUGUUGAAAUGAUUUAUAUCUCAAUGUGACACCACACCAUGCCGGAGAGCUCUGUUCUUUCUUUUAGUGGCAAUGAUAUAUUAUGCACAUGUACGGACACAAAGAUACAUACAGAUUUAAAAAAAUAAAAAAAACUUAUACAUUUCUCUCUUUUUAGGUAUAUUAGUUUUUAUUCAAAGAAACAAUGGGAUUCCCUUUGAUUUUAUGAUAUGUGAAGUGAGCAAAGUCUUGGUUUUUCUGUCGGAUUUUACAGCUUACAGUUAAUUGGACCUACCAGAAUUCAUGCGAUAACCACCUACAAACGAAACUGUCUGUUUGCUCUCUGAGAGGUUGGAUGAGCCGUUGGUUUACAAUAGUUAAGCCACUGAUUUACAAAAGCUGUCGUUCAGGUAUUCAGAUUUAUGGUGACCUGCUUUCUUCGUGAUCUUGCAUAAGCCACCUGUGGAAUGACAACUCUCGAAAUUAUGACAUGAAAGUGGUUCCACCUUCUAUAAUGAUAAAUGAAUGCCUCUGUUUCAGGACUGCCACUACACGGCUAACAUGUUCUUUCGUACUUCCUGAAUUACACUUGUACCCCAUUGAGCAACCAGCUGAGCCAGUGCCCUGUUUCAUUCUGUAUAUAUCCAUGUCAGAUCUAUGUCUGUAUGAGUUAUACAUAGACUUACCACAUUAUGUGGGUCAUUACAGGAGUGUCAUGUGAGCUUUUAGUGUUUUGACCUGUUUUAGUGACCUCUGCGGUUCUUAAAUGAUCAACACUCCAGCUUUGAGGUUUACCGAAAACUGAUACAUCAUGCACUUAUAUUUUUUUUUUGGCAUUUUUAAGUCAUUUGUUUUGCCCUGUAUUAAUCUUUUGGAAAUACCAUUUAUAAAAUGAUUAUCAUUAGCCUGUCGUACCAUGAGCAGUCACUUACUUUAACCGAUUUAGAUUCUGUUUUAAACUCUGGACAGCUGUCUGCAGAAAGUGAUUAAUUGGCAAUAUAAUACUAAAAUAUGACAUGACUGAUGAAAGUGGAUGAAGUUUGUACAAAUCCUUAGCAGCUGCUUUGAGGAUAAUGGGCCUCUGCUUGAUUGUUUUAUUAAAAAUGGAUGUCCUUUUGACAGCUGAUUGAUGAAUCUCAUUUGUAGCAUCCCUGAAUGAGUUUUAAACAUGCUCAGUCUACUUAACAGCACAUACUGUAUUAUCUUUGCAUAAUUAUGUAAUACUAGAAACAAACUUUUUUACGUUAAUAGCCAGAAUUAUGGAGAGAUAGCUCUUUUAUUAUGUGGUUUAUCUGAAACCCCAGGUAUCAGUUUUACUGUGGUUUCAUAGUCCGUCCUUUUCUCCAGGUCCAGUUUAUUUUACUUUGUGUCCUCCUUUUCCUGCCCCCGUCACCCUUUACUGUCAAUGCCUGGGUGCUAGUGCAGGGCACAAUAUGUAAUAUGAUACACUAAAUGACCUAGAUAGCACCACUCUCCACUUGUGUUAUCAGUUCUCACCCACAGUCCUGGUACAGCAGUCCUAUCAGGCUUUCCAAACAGCACUCACAGUCCCAAAUCAGCAUGGAAAACAUUUAUUUUGAUUGUAACCCCCUCAGGCUGCUGCUGAAACUUCUUUGUGUCAACACGUUCCCUCUGUAUUUGCUUUGUGUUAGUCACAGGCGAUAUAGUUGAAAUUUGUGAUUAGAGUUUGGCAAACCAGGAAAAAUACAAGGAAGCUUAAAACCCCCCCACACUUGAGUCAAAUCUAGUGAAGGAUUCAUGUGCAAAGUUGCACAACUUUGAUUGUUUUGUCUUCUCUCUUUCAUUCCUUAAGGGAUUUCUGGAAUUAUGUAAAGUUUACACAAGUGUGACCCAGACUAAAAUGUAGCAGAAUCCACGUUUAACUCUUUGAGGACAGCUGGUGGGUAGUUUUUAAACAUGGUUUACAAUUUUACAUUGACUUAACUUCCCUAUAAACAAACUGCAGUAUAUUGUCACAUUUUGAUUUCAGAAAUAAGAAUAUAGUGGUGUAUUGUGUCUCAACCAAAUCUUAUAAGAUUGGAGGAGACUGAGUUUUAAGAUAAUGUUGUCUGGCAAAAAAGAGACACAUCUUGAAUUGAAUUAUAUGAACUUGUUAAUUUUCAAAUUCAAAGCAUAAAAAAAAUUGAGAAUGAAGUCAUAAUUUACACAACUAAAUAUUUAAGUUUAGGACAAUUUAUGAGAGAGGAGCUAUAAUCUUAAUCUGUUCUAAACCUUCAUAUUUUAUUGAAGGAGAAGAUCGGAAGAGCAGCCUGCCAUCUAACAAUAAUGAGGAAGCAUUUUGUAAAGUUGUAAAGUUUUACUUUCUGCUGACAAAAAGUCUCUCCUUCCUGUAGAUCAGGCAGCAGCUUGCUGCUCUUCUAACACCCCAGAUGCUGUUUUUUAACCUGUAAAGAUUAUUUUCCAUGAAGCUACAAUUUCAUUCCUGCAAGUUUACUUUUUUUUUUUCAUUUAAACCUACAACUUCAACUUUUUAUUUCUUGAUGUGGCUGCAGUUCUCUGAUGUAUCAUACAUAUUUUUGUCUCCAUGUUGAAUACAUAAAAAAAAAAACAUCCUGUCCUACAACUUCAUUUCUACUCUUCUACAGUCCAGAGUACUGAUCAAGUGGUAGAGAGCUCCUUUUUGUCCUUUCAAGUACUUUGUUAAACUUUGUAAAAAUAAUUACAGAAUACAAAUACAAACAACAACGAUUGGUAAUUUAUUCUUUUAAAGCCUGUAAAAACUGUAUCCUACUUUUGGUUUGAAAGAAGUCGGUCUGAUGUCUCGUCCAACAAGAUAGAAACUGAUUGGAUAACAGAUACUUUCAGGACAGAAGGAACUAAUCUAGUUUCCCUGAGAGCUAUAUUUGAGUGUUUAGUUCACUCGUUUUUAUCUUGGUUUCCAGCGUCAUCACAAACAGAUGCAAUAAGAUAACACCCCUCUCCCUCCUUUUCCUUUGUCGUAAUUUUCCUCACACUUUCUUUCCUCUCUUUUCGGUUUGAUUUCCCUCUGGGGCCUGCCACAUCCUCCUCUGCCACCCGUCCGUUCCAUUGUGAUUAUUAAUUUCUAAAGUGUAUUAAUAAGUGUCGAAGAAGCCGAGGGGCUGAAUGCUGAUGAUCUCAAAAGACACAGGUGUGUUUGUGCGUGAGUGUGUGUGUGCACAUCAUUACACAGCCCGCUAGGCCCACUGUAAUAACUGCUGAGUCUAUAGUCACAACUGAGUGGACCAAAAAAUCAACCCCCCUCCCACUUCCUGCCUCCUGAUUGGCCCAGGAAAGCCAUUCCCUCUCCUCAAUUGGCUCCCACCUUCAGCCCCUCCCUUCCCAUUGGUCCUCUCGGGGUUGUUGCCUGGUUACAUCAGAAGCUCAUAUAUUUGAGCAGUGCUCUGGAUGUUUACCGCAGCACUUUUACAGACAGAGUGCAGAGUGAGACAACCUUACUCACCCACAGACACACACUCACCAAGAGCAUACACACAUCAAUUCAGAGGACGCCACAGAAUGCACCCAGGCGAUACCCUGUCUCUGCUGCUCAACCUGCUGGUACUGACGCUGACACCUCAAAGUGCUCAACUGGGAUAACCUCCCCACUGGAUACAAGAAGACUGACUCUUAGAUCCCCACCGGAUUCUGAAAGAGACAUAAUCUGGAGAGAGGAGACAGAGCAAGCUUACACAGCUGGAUUGUGCUCCUGCAGGAGAUGUGUCAAGUGGUUAAGCAGAAAACAGAAGACCGAGACAGAAAUCUUGCUGAGUUUGGUGUCAAAGUCAAGCCGACUUCUCUGCAGGAUUUGAAAAAUAUAAAACAGACCAGACUUGAGUAACCUUUGCGUUUGCUUGGACAAAAGAAGAAAAAAUUCAGAGAAAACAGCCAGUCAGACGAUCAAGACAGCGGUCACAGUGAAGCACCUGCAGGCUGGAUUCCCUGAUAUAAAACACCCAAAAGAAAACAAAAAGGACUGAUCACAGUGAGAGGCGACACAGCUGCAAAGAUGAGAAUGGCCUGUGACAUUCUGCUGCAGAGGUAAACAUUGGAGUUAUGUAACUUUGUUGCUCUGCCUGGAAUGCAUGAUUUGAUGGAUGAAUGAAUAGAUGAGAGUAUAUGAAAGCAAAAAUGUGGUUGGAUGAGAGAUCAGAGAAUACAUGACUGAGCUUCACAGGGUGGCGGAGAGGAAGAGGAGAAAGUAUUACAUGAAUGAGGCAGAUUAAUUAACAAAAGAGAAUGGGGGAUCCUAGAAGAAACGAUUAACUUGUGAACGCUGGAAUGAAUCAGAGGAAACCUUCAGAAGGAGCGCUCAGGCGUUUAUUAUGAAUGAAAGAAUGGAGGGAAAUGAGGCUGGAUUGUGUUUCUCACUCAUUGUUUAGUUACCCAGGAGAGAUGAAAGAGAAAAGAAAGGCAAGGGGAGUCACUUUUCUGUACAAGAAUAGAAACAACAGAAGAUGAUGAUGAAGAGAAAGGGGUCGUAGCAUUACUUAACAGCUGGUAUUGUGUUAUGCAAUCGAAGAAAGCAGAGGUCUGCCUGAGAAUCUGUCAGCAAUAGAUGACGAAGUUAGGCUAUUAAUGGCAAUCUUUAAUAUUCAUUCUCUCAAAUCAUGGCUCCUUAGAUCAGUUAAAGUUUAAGACAAUAAGUGACUCUCAAUACUGGUGAAUGCUACUGUCUUCUGUUGGUUUGCUUUCUAAAAUCUUAACAAGUGCUGUAGUGCCUUAAGAGGCUCUAAGAAAUCAGUGGGAAACCACCUUGAAAAGUAUUUGUUUUCAUCAUUGGCAAUAAGUAAAGUGCUAAUUGAAUUUUGACAACUGUUUAAACAGCUUCUGAAUCAAAUGAUCAAUACUAAUAUUGAUUGCUGACAGUUUAAAUGAAAAUGUUAAACAUCAAAGUUGUUUAACACACAAAAAGUCCAGGUUUGUAAACGACUAUAUUUGAAAUCUGUUGUCGUGAUAUCUUACUCUUAGAUCCUCCUUCAAAUCUGAUCUUCUACUGCAAACCUGUUUAUCAGAGGCCAAUCCUAUACCCACGUAGAGGUUUAGUAUUUCUACUAAGAACACUUCAUUCUGCAGUCAUACUCUAGGUUGAGUUACAUUUUAUGCCAAUUUGUGCUUAGGAAUUGUGCUUAGGAAACUAUGGCGGCUGAACAGUGUAUUGAGUUGGAGCUGAAUAAUCUUGAGGAGAUGUUAGAGGACAUGAAGCAUACAGCUGAUUCACAGCAAUACUUGAAUACAGGAAAUAUAAGGCAACCAAAUGAACUCACAGCUCGUGUUGUUUUGACAUGUUGUUACAUUUUUGAUGAGACUAGACUUGUGCAAAGGCUUCUGCAGAGGUUUAGCGAACCCAAAGGAUAUGCUACAGGUUGGAUUUGAUGCAGUAUAAAUUAGACUUAGAACUUGAAAACUCGAGGUACGAUUUGCCAAUUUUUGAACAGCCUGGUCUCUUUUCUGAGCCACGGCCGCCUCAUUUUGAGCCCAAUCUUUCAGCAAUGUUGCAUCAGCUCCUCAUGACUGUGCAAGAGGAAUGAUUAAUUGAAAGCUUUGAGGAGACAGAAAGAGGGGCUUUGGGAGAUUUAGAGUCAACUUAACGGAAUGGUUAUUCUCAGACGGCCAACAGUCCGAGGGAUGAUUGCAGGAAAAUAAAUGGAGGUUAGCUGCUCUGGUCGUUGACUGCAUAGACCCAAGUGCAAAGCAGCAAACAAAUGAGCAGCAGCCAUGCAUAAAAUCAAACCCAGAUCUUCAAUCUUUGACCUUGAGAGUCUGAAUGUGGAUUGUUUGAAAGCAAACAUAUGUUGUAAGGCUCUGUGAGAGUUUCUUGGCUUAGGCGUGAAGGACUAUAAAUGUUUACAGUUUCAGAGGCAGCAAGAAGAGCUGUUUACGAGAUGUAAGAUGAUGCUUAUAAUUCUGCGUGUGAGUGGUGGCGUAAGUGAGAGGCAGAAAGGCUAGAAGACACAAAGCACAUACGUGUGUUUGAAGUAGGUUACCUGCUAAAAUGAAAUAUGUUCUCUUGCGCAUGCUGAUAUAGAUAUGUGGUAUAAAUUUGUGUGCAUGUGUGGGAGGAUGCAUAGACUGCAGCAGUAUGUUGUACUUCCUUUAACAGCCUGAGCAGAGUCUGGUUUGCUGACAACAGCACCUCUGUAGAAUCCCAACUAACCUGGAGCUCACCUUACACACAUUUACUCACUCACACCAGUCUUCUCACUCUGUUUUGUUUCUUUUCCGCCACCAGAAAAACCCUCUUAUAUGAUGUAAUCUGUCAUUACCUCCUUCACUGAGGACACAAGGUUCCUCUUUUAUUUCUCCACACUGAAUGCAGCAGACCGAACCACAGUCACACUGAGAUGCUUUUGUGGCUUACUCAUUCACUCAGCUGAGACAAGGACACUGUAGCUCUACAGUACUAAAAAUGCACCCUCAGCGAAGAGAAUUUGAUACAAUCACCCUAUAAACUCUGUGUAACAUGCUGUUUUAUUAUACGCUUACAUCAUGUUUUUACAGCUCACUUUUGUCAAUAAAGUUUGUGAUCAAUGUAGGAAUUAACAGCUCACCAAAGGUACUGUAAGGAGUUGUAGCUCUAUCAUAACACGUUAAAAUGCCGCCUCAGAGUGAAAAUACAACCUGCAUUUAUGGGCCAAAGAAUAUUAAGAUAAGAGGAAAUAAAAGUCUAAAUGUUGUUGCAAUAUAACCGCGAGUCCAGCGCUAAGCAUGUUUAUAUCAAAGAUCUAAACAGCUGAUACGUGGAGGUCAUAAACCACUUGGAGAUAUUUUUCUGACUUCACAGUUGCAGAAGCAAAAUAAAGCAGAGCUCUAGAAAUAAUCAACUUUACAUGUUUUAUUCAUAAAUCUGCAAUGGCUUUAUUGCCUAUGUAAUUUAGGAGCAGUUAGUGUGUAUGUUGAUGAGCCAACAUUGUGCUUUUAGUGUUUAAUUAAUACACAAGACAUAGUUGUUUUAGAUAUUACAACUCUUUAAGAAUAAAGACAGUUAAAGAGAUGGAAAAACCUUAUUAUUUAUUUAUUUAUUUAUUUAUUUUUACAUAAAAUCAGAACUGUAUUUGCGAGCCCUGAAUUUCUACACACCUGUUGACUUAAAGCACCAGUCUUUAAGAGACUCUGGUACUCAGACAGCAGAUAAGCCUUGAGCGAUCUGAUUAAUUCUGGCAACAGUUUCUUAAACUCACCCACUCAGCUUUUAGUGAAGCAAGACGUGAAAUCAAAAUACCAAACAGGUGUUUUCCUUGAAAUGCAUCUAUAAUAAAGGAGACUGUCUUAUGUUUCAGGUUUAGUCAUUUAAAUUAAAACAUUGGAUGGUGCUACUAAUCUGUAAAGUGGCCGUACUAUUCAUGACUGAGGCCAAACAUCACACACUACUAUGUCACUAGGGGAAUGAAAGAUGGUGAGCUGUAAUGAUUGAAUUAAAGAUGCACACACACAAAGAUGCCUAAAAACUGAGGUGGAGUUUUGUUGUUGUUAAGAAACAAAAACAAUGCAGCAGAGACUUUAAACAAAUGUCGAGAAAUACAAUGGCAGAGUGAGUUUAUUGCCCGCAGACGAGUAAAAGUCAUGUCUGAGCUAAGAGGGAAACUGCGUCAGACAUAGCCACUGAAUCAAAUGUGAAAACAAGAGGACUGUUUGUUAGCUUGCAGGCACAUUAUAAACAACACUGUGACCCUCUCUUCAGGUCACUUUAAAAGGUUUUACAAUAUCACUGCCAAGAAACUGUUAGCUAAAGGUGUGACUCCUUAAGAUGUUAUCAAGGUCUUAUCUCUGUCUCUGGCUGCUGCUGUAGGGCAGGAACUGAUCUCAUCCGACCCACUUAGAGACCUUAGAGCCAAACCUCAAGUAGCCAAGAAGCGCCUCUUUGGCAUCUGUGCACGUGUGUGUAUUUCAGCCAAAAAUCCCCGGUUAAAGUAAAUGCCCAAAAAGUUCCUUCCUACACCAAAAAGGUUUUAUAAAACUUUCUAUCCUUGUGUUGUCAAGUAUGUUUUGUUACGAUGGCUGAGCUGUUUGAGUUGUAAAAAGAUUCCUUGUAAUUUUUCAACAUUGAGAGAUCUCUGAAACGCUGUCGUAGGGCCUUGAUAACUCUUUCUUUUCUACCCUCCAAAGUGUCCUUGAUGAGGACAAAAUGCCCAGAAGGACCCUUUUGUGUUUGGUCUUCUUUGGCUCCUCUGGCAUUGAUAGAAAUGUUAUCUCUACUGCGUAGUGAGCUCAGGGCGGCGACAACACCCCUGAGGUGCAAGAGUGAUUUCAGUUCAUACCUUCAGGGGCAAAAUGGUGUAAGGUCAGAUAUUAUCUGUGCUACUCUAGGCUCAUGGAGGUUAUGUAAUGUCCUUAAGGACCCUAUCUUUAAUCUAUUGUUAGUGGUGCUGGGGCCCCUUAGGGUGCAACUUAGCAGGAGAGCCUGCUGUCAGAUGUUAUUAGAGCUUUAAGGGGACUGUCGCUGCAGAGGGGGCCUGCAGGGUGUGAUCCUGUUUGAAGGGCAGCUCACUAUGUUAACUAACGGAGGGAAAAGAAUGAUGUUCAUUUUACCUGUGAGUCUGCAUUAGGCAGCCUUUAGGUUUGUAUUGCACUAUUUUAUAGUUUCUACACCUGGUUACAUCCUUAAUUCACUGUACAUGCAGAUGAAGAUUGUUAGAAAAUGAACGGAGAUGCUCGACGUGUUCAUUUGCAGCCAGAAUUCAAGGGCAGAGGACAGAGAUAAGGUUAAAAUUUACUUUAGGAAAAGAUCAAUAGAAAAAGAAAGAUAUGAGCCCGAGAUAAGACUUGUGCAGGGCUUGUGAGGAAAACAAAUUGCGCAGAAUUUCCACAGUGAAAGAUGGCAAAGAGUGGGCAAGAUGAGGCUGAUCAAUAAAGUAGAUGAAGAAGGGCGUGGGUAUCAUUUUUCAAAUGAAUGACGUGAGCGAUUCAUGGUCAAAAAGACAGAGAUAGAGAGCUCGGACAGGAAGAGAAUAAACUUUGAGAAAAAUGCAAGAAUAUCAGCAAAAAAGAAGGUAGAUAUAAGAAGACAAUAUCAGGAGAAAAGAACGAUUGAGGGUUUGAUUACAUCUACCAUUAAUAAUUCAGCCUGUAUUGAUCUACCUGAAGACUCCGUGCUGCUUUAGGGGUGUGUGAGUGUGAGUGUGUGCCUGCCUGUGUGUCAAAAAGUCAACAUACUAUACAUCCACAAGAACAGCUUGCAUAACUUCAGCUGCUGUUUGUCUAAUGAGGUGAAUUCUGCUGCAUGAGAGACACACACACACACAAAUACACACUGUGUCUAUAUGAGAAGUACCCAUGGACUUGGACAUAAUGUGUGUGACCUUGUGUUGUGUGAGUGUGUUAGAGUGUUAUAUAAAUCUGAAGUUCUGCGUGCCUGACAGCGUAUGAGUGUGUGUGAGUGUGUGUGUGAGUGUGUGUGAGGCCAGCGGCAGGCUGCUGAAUCAACAGACACAUCUCAGCCACCUUCCUGCUUCGUGCCAAAGACACAGAUACACACACUCACACACACCUCCCCGCUUCUGGAGGAAUAUCGUAGAACAAAUAUGACCUUACAGACACACACACACACACACACACACACACACACACACACACACACACACACACACACACACACAAACAUUGUUCUAUCUGAUCAGCAGACUUCAGCAGAGCUCUGUAGCCUAAAUAACAAUCUGCCCACCCAGAGUGGCGCCAGCGACUGAGACGCUGUGUGAGCGUUUGGUGCAUUUUUUGAGAAAGAUCUCCAGCAGAAGGGAUCUUGAAUUUGGAAACAACUUCAAAGGGAACAUAAAUUAAUCAUUUUGAUUUGCACACAUUUUUAUUUCAUUCCUCUUCGCUUCAUCUUCAUGUCUCUGUUCAUCAGCAUAGGCAGACCCACUCUCCACUCCUCUCUCUUUGUCCUCCUCCUUCCCUAUUUUGACUCUUUCUGCCUGACGCCAACACUAACACCCUCAAGGUCAUGUUAGUUUGAGAGUUGAAGGGUACGUGAUGUUCUAACCACUAUGUCCUUUCCUCUCUCUCGCUCUCUCUCUCUCUUUACAGCUCCCACCUCUCCCCUAUAUCCAUCCUGCCUGCUGACUCUGCUGAGUAAGUACACACACGCUGCAGAAAUUUCAUCCAUGCACUGUGACACAUGCAAACACGUCUUCAUCCCAGCUACACAGAGAGACAGUAAACUGAAAAUUCAUUUUCUGUGCAACUCUUACAACUGGGAGAAUAUAAGCAGACUGAACCCUGCAAAGAGAAAUGGACUGCCAGGUUAGCUUAGGUAGAGCUGGGCAGGGACUGAAGAAGUGGGUCUGUUUGUGAGAGGAGUUUGUAGUAAUGAAAGUGAGCGGUUCAUGAAGUGAUGAAGAGAAAUACUUCCACGUGCUUUUGAUGAUUAAACCACACUAAAGCAUUCGACAUGGCCUACUGCCCUAAAGGCGUUACCUCAGCUAUCACCUGACUGUCAGGCUUUUGCCUCCUCUCUGCAAAACAAAAUAAAACAAAAUUUCAGUGGUACCAUGCAUCAGUGAGAGUUUUAUUGAGCCCAACGUCAGGGUCAAAAACACAAAAUGUCACAAGGACAAACUGUGAAAAAUUCAUCCAUUCAGGAAAAUACUGCAUCCCACUAAAGUGCCAGACUCUCUUCUUGAUGCCUUUCAAGUACAAUUACUGUUUCCUUCUCUAGGAACACAUAAACAGGCACAAGGGAUUCAGUUUUUAUAGACAGUCUCGUGUCUCUGAGUGAGAUUAACAUCUUUAUCUAUAUCUGGCUACCAAGAGGGAAAGGACGUUUAAGUAAUAAUGUAGAAGGAAGCACAUACUGAUGGUCUUGGCUGCAUGUGAGAGAAGCCCAUCAUCUGCCAGUUGUGCCUACUUAGGUUGUAAAUGCUUUAAGAACCACAUGCUUCAAAAAUGAUAUAAUAUUAGUUAAUAUUAUAUCAAAUUUAGAGUAACUCAGUUGUACAAAUCAUAUAAGCUUAUUAUUUACCUUCUAUUUAGCUGCAGCUACGACACAGCGGCUCAAAACAAAUGAAAUGAUUGAACUUUUUCCAGUGUCUGUCUGUUUCUACCUGGUCUUCUUUAACUCCUCCUGAGAUGACUGCCCUCAUUUGUGCAGAGUGAAUGUAAAGAAGGAUACAUAAUCAUAGCACACAGGGUCAAGACGGUUUAAAAACAGUCUUUGUAAAGCUGGUGGAUCAACCCCGUGUAUCUCAGAGCAGAAAAGGUCAGAGUGUUAGCGCUCAUGUUACCUUUUUUAGGCCGUGAAGUCCUCUUGUCCUCUCUCCUUGAACACUCCAGUUAAACAUUAUUAAUCCUUCCAGAGCUGGACCAGGUUAUUGACUUUAUAAGGCGUUAUUAAAAAAAGCUCAGAGAUUAAAGAAGAAGUGAUCCUCACCUUUAACUCAUUUUUUUACCCUUGUGUUCAUUCAUUAUUUUCCAUCUGCCUCAUUGCCUUACAUUCUUGUGAUUCAUAUGUAAAUAAAAAAGACAGUUUGUGAUUUUAAAACCCUUUGGCAUUGUUUUUAUUCAUUUCAAGGGGCUAAUUAAAUGUUAAAUUAAGUAAGGAGGUGUACCAUGUGGUUUUAGAUUUAAAGCUUGACCUUUUUAAUGCACUAAGUCUUAUUUAAACAGAAUGAAAAAGAGUAGGUGUAAGAAUAAGAAUAACUUUAUUUUAUCCCCAAAGGGAAAUUCAGUUGUCUGUAGUCUCAGCUGUCGUGUCAAAAAGUCAUCUAGUAAUGCAUCUAGCUAAAUGGAUUGAGUUUGAAUUAACCAAUGAACACUGAUGAUUAAAAAAAUGUAUUUAACAAUGAUAUCAAAUGAAUUUUAAUGUCUCUGUUGUUCCCAGGAUAAUUCAGCGCACCAUCAGAGCUGCAGUGGAGCAUCACUUCUUUGAGCUGAAAACCUCCAUCGAUCAAGAUCUGAGCAACUUUGACAGCCAGGGGUGAGAGUUCAAACCCACUAUCAAACAUUCACACGCACAGGCACAGCCAGACACGCUUUGAUCAGGCUGAGGAACAUCCACUCGCUUAAGUGUGUGCACCUGUUCAAUCGCAGAAAAAAAAAUCUGUACCGUUUUUCCUACAAGCACCUGCUGGGAGCAACACGCGUAAGUCAGAUUCCUGAGUGGUUAAAGGUGGCAUCAGAUGACUCGAAAGGACAUUUUUGUCAUAGUGAACAUUGAGCACAAAGGAAAAAAAAAGAAGGGUGGGUCAGUUUACUGGUAAACAUGUUGACAGCUCUGGCACUAACUAGCAAACUCUUCAUGUCCCGGGGCAGCAGCUGUUCAGUGGUCAGCCACCUUUAGACACGCCCAGUUUAAAUAUAUACAUAAUUCUUUACAGUCGAUCAGACAAAGAAAACACAACAGAUUAUUUUUGUUAUUAUUAAAGUGGUUUAAUUUUCAUUCGCUGGUUUCCAGGGUGAGCCCCAGUGACCCAACAGACCAAGGCUGCCAUGGCGACGAAGAGCAACAAACAGACCCUGAAGACAGUCCCUGUGACACCGAAGGGGAAACCCCGCUUUCACCUACCAAACCGCAAAUGCAGCAAAGCCAGAAUGACACCCAGGUAAAUGCAAAGUCAAAGACAUAACUGUCUCCUCCAUGUUGAUAAACUGAGAGUGAAAUUGAAUGGCACACAUGCAUCCGUGGAGAUUUUUCUGAUAAGAGUGCACACCCACAACACACAGACCACAAACAGCCGCUGUGUGGGCUGCCAGCAUAUUUUCCGUAACUUAACCUCCUUCCUGUCCCAGUGUGUCAGUUCAUUCCAGGCCUGAUUGUUUUGAUACAAUCAGCACAGUCCAUCUUUGUUCUCCUCUGAUCGCUACAAUAGCUGGAAUUCUUCUGUGGUCACAAACACAGAAAACAACAGACUUGUUUUUAACACAUGACACAUGACUUAAUGCUGAAAUCAACUCUCAAAUUCCUAAAGACUUGUCAGAUUAGAAAUCUCUUCAGUGUUACAGCACCACUUCAACUACUUGUCACAAGAACUAUUUGAGUUUCAGUACAGUAGGAGAUGGUUGAGGAGAAAACAACAUGGCAGGGUGAGAAGUUUCCUCAAACUGAGGAGACACUUUAAUUCCUGUCAAAAAAAAAGAGUUAUCUCGGGGAUCUCUGUUUUGUUGUCUGCGGUGUCACCUGUGGCAUGAAGCAGUAACUGCAGUUGUGCUUUUGAACCUUGAUCUGACAAAGAUCAGAACGGCGUCUUUGCCGAUGGUUUUGUCACUUUUUCUUCAAAUUAAUGUCAAAUUGUAAAAGUUUAUUUGUUGUCAAGUGUCAUCAUCUUAAGUCAUCAGUCCUUCCUUUUUUUGAUCUGCCCUACCCCUGUAAUCAGAUUUCUGCAGAGAGAUGUAUCUCAAAAGAUCAGCUUCAAAUCAUUAGAUAUUACACAACACUGACUCGAAAAAGGGGAAUAAUGCAUCUCAGCAUUUGUAAAAGUAAAUCUCUCAGACUUAAGGUAUUAGUAAGAGAGUUAAAUAUCCUCCGAGACUUUUGGAGUGGCAAAUUACAAGAAACUAAUUCUCUAUUAGUCAGUGUUAACAGCCUGUUAUUUGCCAUAAAAUCUUUAGGUUGUCAACUUCUUUUUAAAAAAAGGUUGCCGUGGAAUAAAUCACAGAAUCUCCCAGCUGACGAGCAGGAAAACACCCACACUAUUUACUCUCUUUACAUUUUAGUUGUUCCAGCGUCACAUAUGCUCAGUGAGCAUGAGAUCAUACAUUCACACCGACAAGUGUACUCUGAGUCAUGAUCCUACUCCCACAAACUAUUCCUUUCAUUCAUAGAAUUUAUGUAACAGCUAACGAUCAAACGAGAACUCACAGCGUUUAUAUUCUCCCAAACUUUUGCAGUUUCUCUCAGUUCAAGAAAUAGAAAGGAAACCCUAAAACGAACAUCACCGCUGUGCUGUUUGUUCCGGUGAUCACUGUGAAACCCACAAGUAUUUGUGAAAGUAAAGGAUCAACGGUUGAAAAUGCACCUUUUUUUUCACCGGAUUAUAAAUGGCAGGAGAAAUAAAACUGAUAACCACAAGAUUUAUUUGGAUUAAUGUAAACUGUAGGUUUAAGAGAAACUAGAUAACAUAUUUUCAUGAGAUGACAUGUUGUGUGUCAGUGAUAACAGCAGGGAUAAUGUGGUCAUUCCCUUUUUUUCUUCUCUUAUGAUCAUUCAUGUAUCUCACUUUGCACUUCACCUUUUAAGUCCCUGAGUUCCAGCCAGAAAUCACAUCUUAAACUCUAGUUGUUGCUUUUUAUCAGGAUUCUUUGGACUCUGGCGCCACUCUGGAAGAGAACUCGGGAAUGGACCUGGAUUCAGAGGCUGUGAGAGAUGCUGAGAACAACAUCAACACUGCCAGGUGGGCUGAAAUGUUUGUUCGUUUACAAGCCUUUCUUUGAAUCACUUUGACCUCGCACCAAGAUUAUUCCAGCUAAGUUAUUUUAGCGAGAUACUUUUUUAUCCUUGAGGUUUAGGGUCCUGUUUCAAAAGUGUGGAAACUGUCCGUCGCAGGGUCAAGACUUGAUUACAAAUAAAAUACUAUUUCAGAUAAACAGUUCCUGGGUCAGUGUUCCUGAACAAUGUACUACAUUGGUUCCCAUUCACUCUUUAAUACCUGCUAAACUCUCCUGACUGAAGCCCUUUGACCCGAUAGUGUGAGCGAUUUUGUUCGUUCUGUAUGAUCGAAAAACUAAUGGUUACAGAUUGGUUGGCUUGGUUUCAGAUGUAGGGAGGUAAGAGCUGUUGGAUUGAGUAUUUAGGAUUUCUUGCUCCGUCCUGGUUUGGGGGACACUUUGAGCAUUUUUAGUCUAAUUUUGAGUCAGGUUGCUGUUUUUGUUUUGCUGUCUGAAGCCGGCAGAUGUGACUUGAAUAGAGCACUUCCUUUCCUUUCUUUCACAGUAAGUGUGAUUCAUUGUCCUGUUACAUGUGGAGGUUUUUUUUUGUACUGAUCACAUGACACCACAUGUUAACAAAUCACUUGGAUACGCUGUCUCAGCAAGAGCUCGUCUCAAGGUUACAUCCAAAAAGAGCCUUUCUAAUCUCCCUCUCAGACACAUAUUAACUCAAACUGUGUCGUUUUACACCUCAAACAUCAUAUGACUUUAUCACAGCUCAUGUCAGAUUGUGUUUUAGUUUCGUCAUGGUUUAAUCAGCUGGUGCUAACACGUUUCACGCCUGUUUAUGUGAGAUAAGACAAGACAACUUCAAGCAUAUACUUGUUAAAACGGUGAGGUUUCCCAGAAGCAGGAACUUUGUGAGUUUUUUGUCGAAUCAUUGUGAUGAGAGUGGAUUUUAGAUGUGUUACCUCAGUGGGGCGGUCUUUCAGCUGUUACUCACAUCUAUAAAAGGAGCUAAAGGUUCAUCAAGAGGAAUUCAGUUGAGGUGGAUGAUGGAUCACCUAGAGUUUGUUAUUUCUAACUGACCAUCUGCAAAGAUUUGUAGUAAAUAAAAGGUGAAAGUUCUCACUGUUGAUAUCAAGUGGUUGAAGUUGUUUUCUCCAAAUCAGGCCAUGAAAAGAUAACUUUUAUUUACAGAGAAUUUAACAACAUCACAUCUAACAAUUAGAUUUUAGAAACCGAUUUAUGAUCAACUUUAAGUUAUGUCGUUUACUGAAGAUGUCUUUUGUUUUUUUUCUCAGGCAGGACAAUCAACCCUGUGACAUCAUGGAGCAAGCUGAGACUGACACCAUGUGCUGUGUAAGUGUAAACAAAAGGAGAUAUACAGUGUUUGUCUGUGUUGCACUUUGACUUCAAUUUAAAUCUAAUAGAUAAAAAAUGAUCAUCGAUUAUUUUGUUUUCUUUCCUAAUUAACGUGUAAAAUCACUGUUUAUUUUUCUGUUCCUGCAGGACUCUGAUUCAUGCCACAGUGAUCAGAACGCCAACACCAGUGAGACCAACAGAAACCAUCUGUCGCCAUGCCAACCAAAAUCUGGCCAAAACCCCCACCUCCAGCUCUUUCCUGAUAACCAAUGGGAAGGUAUGUACCCUCAUGCUGUGGCUGUAAGCCAAUGUGUAAACUAAAUGAAUUUGAAGGUAUGUGUUCGAGUAAAUAAUAUGAGACAAAUUAAAAGUCUUAUUUUGAACCACACUCCAUUAAAGAGAACAUAUUAUACCGUCCUAAAAUGUCAUUUUUGAUAAUCCUGUCACGUCUUUCUCUGAUUGGCUCGCCCUCUUGUCAUUUUAUGUUAAGGCUUCUUUAAAUCCUGGUUAUUGAUGAGGUCCAUAAAAUCCACGUCAGUCUCUGUUCGCAGUCACUCCUCUUCCCUUUCCUCAUGAACGUCAGAUUUUCAGUGUGACUGAGCGAAAACAUUAAACAUCAUUCUGUUGCUGUUGAUCCCACAUUAGUAUUCCUGUCGAAUGUUGGUGAGAGAUUGACGUCAACGCUCCUCUUUUCUUCUAUCUCACUCCCUUUCUCUACCUCCUCCUUUGUUCUCCUCCUCCUUCCAUCUAAACAGCAUCACCCCCCUCCCAUCUCCACCUCCCUCCCAUAGACUUCUCAUGUAUGCAUCUUCAAAAAGAAGGCCAAGGUAAGAAGUGAAAGUCUGCCCACACCUCCACUCGACUACCCAUCCUUCCUUUCAUCCUUUCUCCUUGAUUUUUCUAUAUAGUGGUUGCUCGGUGGUUCUGUCACAGUGUGGGAAGUGUUAUUCAAAUAUUCUCACAUGUAAAAUUCUGUUUCUGAUUAUGAAUCUCUUCUGCAUGUGAAACUUUCUUUACGUGUGAAAAAACACAUCUGAGUUCCUCUUCAUUUUCAUCCUGCUGCAGGACGAUUGAUCUGGACUCUCUCACAUCCUCUUUUAACACCUUUUUUUUACAGACUCAUUUUCUCGACUUUCUUUAAAAUUCUGUCUCUUUACUUCCACAACCUCUCCUUCACCCUUUAUCUUCUUUUUUUUCCUCCUACUCAACUCAUUAGCAUAACUCUGUCAAUCAAGACACUCUGCUAAUCAGGCAGAGAGUGAGUCAGCAGGGCAGUGAAGAGGAAAAUAAGAUAGUUUGAGAUCUCAGCUCAUCAGCCUCCUCCUAGGCAGCUUUUGUCCACUUCUCCUCAGAUGUACAAUCCCCACCUCCCAUCUUCUGCUCUUUUUCUUCAGGUGUUGAAUUUGUCUUUCCUGCUCCUCUUUCUAACUGCGAUCCCGUCUCCUCUUCUCUCCCCCAGACCCUGUCCCAGCCUACAAAUCCUGGCAGGACGACAGUGUGAGUGGCGAGGCGCAGCUCUCCCCCCUCGCUGGUCGCAUGGUUCCUCUCCCCCCUCUGCCCCUGGAGGAGGAAGGUGACGAGGAUGAGGCGGAGGGAGGUAAGGUUUCCUCCCCCUCCUCUUCUCGCUCCCACCCUCACCUCCUUGCCCGACGUUUCCUUGACUUCGGGGCUCACGGCGCCCAGAGAUUCCUCCAGCAGGAUCCAGAUGCCACCUCACCCACCAAAGCACAGAGGUACACAGAGCUUAUCGUACAGCUUUACUCAAUUACUCUUUAAUUCAGGCGGGAUAGUGAGAUCAUGUGGAAUGUUUUGUUUUAUCAAUUCAGGCCGCGGCGAGCAUCAUUUGGUUCCAAAGAGGCGAUGCGAGGAGGAGAUUCGGUGACCCACCAACUCACAAAGAAGCUUCAACACCUGAAGAAGAAAAUCAAACAAUUUGAAGAGCAGUUUGAGAAGGAGAGGAACUAUAAGGUACAAAAAAAGAAAAGUAAAGGAAGAGUGCAGACAUUUAUCAUUCCUAUCUUUCAUGGAGAAGCAGAACAAUGGUUAGGGCGUUUUUAUCGAGUUAGGACUUCAAAUAAGGACAUAAGUGGUUGUGAUUACUAUUAUUAAAAUAUUGAGAAUCUAUUCCAGGGCUAAGUCUGCUUUAUUUUGAGAGCACACUCAUAAGUUCUCUCUCCAUGAAAUCAUCAGUCCAGUAUCCUGCUGUGUGUUUGACACCGUUUCUCCUCCUCUGCUCUCUGCAGCCCUCUCAUGGUGACAAGGCAGCUAACCCCAAAGUCCUCAAAUGGAUGACCGACCUCACCAAGAUCCGCAGGCAGAUUAAAGGUCAGCCAGCCUCUCCUAUUCCCCAGUUUGUGCAUUUGUUUGUGUGUGUGUCAGGUAUAAGAGUGUCUGUGUGCCAUCCUGUUCCACGCUGGACAGCUUGACCCUCCCACUCCCAACUUUUUGACCUUUGUGAGAACAUUGCAUGUAAGCUGACCGAACUCACACAAACGCAGACACACACACACACGCAGAAGUGGCUCUCACACGCGUGGCUUCCACCCCACAGUGUGCUGGUGCGUCCUUGUGAACCAACAUCCAUUUCUUAUGAGGUGAAAUCAGGAAGGUGAAACGCUGGAUAAGACUUUUCUAACAGCCAGUUCGAGUUCAUUUGGAAAUACACUUAAAGAUAACUUUGAAAUCAAAGAUUCAGGAUCUAUCAACAGUUUUUCUUUAUUACUCUUUAGAAACGAAUCAUCUCUGGAGAUAUUCCACAACACUUUGUUGUGUCUCUUGUGCAUCUUUUCACAGUCCUGACUGCACCUCAUGACACUCGUCCACCCUCUUUGUGAGGUGACGGCUCUCCUCUUUUGGAGAACACAGUGGCCAAAACAUUUCUCUCUCUGUUUCAUAUCAAAAUUAAAAACAACAAUAACUGGAGCAUCCGCUCUCCACUUUCCUCCCUCCCUCCUCCAAUCGCCCAACGACCCGAUUGAUUGAUUGAUUGACUGAUCGGCCAACCAGGACGCCAGCACCACCUUUUACCCAGAAGCACGCUGAGGCACCAGGCUUUGCUCCAUUCAUACAGACGCCACCAUGCUCCCUUCUCCCCUUCCUCCUCCUCCUGCUCCUCCUCCUCUUCCUCCUCUAUCUGCUCACCCCCCCAUCACACACUUAUCCCCCCACCCCACCCCUACUCAGGCCUGAGCUCUAGACCGUUUCACCUCAGUAAGUACCAACCCCUCAGUAAGUAGACAUCACAAACACCGCAACAAUCAGGCGGCAUCCUGAGAGCAUCCUGCUUCUUUGCUUUUGUGUUUUAAUUUCGUGUCACAGAAACGCAUGUUUGGAUGGGAUAUUUAAGGAGUGGUAUCAUUUGAAAGUGUGUGUCGUAUCAGGAGGAAAACAGGGGCAGUUUUUGUUUGUUUUUGUUCUUUUUGCUUUCAUCGUAAACAGGUGCGCUCGCUGAGACAUAAAAUAUUUGCUAACGGGAUUUUUAAUCGACACUUUUUUGUUGCAGCUUUCAUUGUUACCAUGAAGCUCUUUUACUGUGGACAUCUUUUCAGUGUACAGCCCUGAUUUUAAAGAAGUUGUGAGAAUAAAUAAUAGAGAAUAAUAAUUAUAUUAAAUAAAUAAAUAAAUAUAAUAGGAAAGCAGCCGUUUCGGGUCUCUUCCAUCGCAGUUUUUGUGUCAUGAUGCAGCAAAUGUUCUCGCAGGUGACAAGUCUGGAGUGCAAGCGAAUGCAAAAUCCAUGCAGUUGUAAUACAUGCAGAAUGUGUGUCAGGAAGCGGAGGACAGAGUGUCCAUGAUGUCAAAAAGAAAGACAAGUUUUGUUUUGUCGGAUCAGAGGAAAGUUUACGUCGUCACUUUGGUCCGUCUAAUGCUGGCACUCCUGGAUCUUACUCUUGGUUUCCAGCUUGUACAACUUUGUUCAGUAUUUAUUGGCCCAGUUCCAAUUUUUUGAAAUGUGUCUGCUAUCAAAUCUGAAAUGAGUAUGAUCAGUAUUUGAUCAAAAUAAAAAACAGUGUGUUGAAUUUGCACUUCAUUCAAUUACUUCUAGGAUUUAAAUGCCGUGCAAGCCAUCCAAAUUUGUUUUAUCAUUUCACACAACACCCCGACUCUUUGAGAUUCAUGUUUUAUCUGCAGAGGUUCAAAGAUAUUAACACAAAAUCAAAUACAGAUUAUUUUCCAAAGUAAUAUCUAGAAAAUCUGUAAACAAACAAACCCAGUUCUUGAAGACAAAUCUGGCUUUUAGCCGUGUUUAUGUUUUUCGAGGGAAAGUAUUUUUGCUUGCUGUGCUUUGGUUUUUGACUAGGUGUGGUUUUGUGAUUUUGUCCAGAGUGUGUGUUAGUGUGUGAGUGAGUGUGUGUGUGUUUUGUUAAGCAUGAGUGUCUUUCUCCAGAUAUUGUGAAUGGCUGACUUUAACCAUCACAGCUGUGGUUCAGACUCCUGCAUGUCUGGUCGCCCAGUGAGAGAUGUUUUAUGUGCUGUCCGAGGAUUUCCUUAUUCAUCCUCUCUUUUCUGCAACAGCUGCUCUGGUUCCUUCUGUCGUUCUUUAUCGUCUGUAUCUCUUCGUGUUUCUUUCCUCCUUCACUCAUCACGGCUGAACUCUUUCCCCCUCAGAUGCAAAACACCGCGCAGAGAGCGAGCUCGGCCCCCACACUCGUCCUCGCAGCAACACCUUACCCAAGAGCUUUGGUUCCACUCUGGACCAGGGUGCUUGCGAUGCAGCCGGGGAGGUCAAGGGUCAGCGUCCCACCAGGGAGGAAACACUGGAGCUGAUCCAGUGCAGGGUCAAAGGGAAGAGGCAGGAGGACGGCUGGCCUGAGGACAUCAAGGUAAGCAACAGACACAAUGACUCUAAAGUAGGACUGGGCGAUUUGGCAAAAAAAAAAAAAAGAUCACGAUUAUUAUCGCGAUUUUUUAAAAACCUUCCAGUUUUAAAGCAUCUGUACUAAAAACGAAAGAAACUAGAGAUUAGUUCAAUAUUUUAUCAACAUACAAAGUAAAUAAUAAAGCAAAUUGAAUAAGAUACUCUUAGAAAAUAUAAAAAACAUUUUAACUCAACAGUACAACAAAAGUAGAUAAAUACUAAAUAACACAGUGAGUUAGUUUACAGUCCUGAGUGUUUUUGCAGGUAUGAAAGACCCAAAGUUAACGUAGAUGAGCGAUUGAUCGCUGCUUUGGUCUGGUGACUGCACUGCUAGUUACGGCUAAACUGCUAAUGCCACUCAUGCCGUCAGCGGUGACAGGCUGUGCAGACUCCGCUCACAUUUUCAUGCUUUCCUCAUAAUCUCUCAGGAAGAACUUCUUCAAAUGAUUAGACAGAUUUGUUGUGUGUGUUUCGAUACACAUCGGCUUAAUUGCUCGACGUCACUUUGGAGAUACCCGAACCACCGCCGCACAACCGACGUUGAAUAACUUCUCAACAAAAACAUCUUCGGAGGAUGACUCAAAAUCACGGCUGACAUCUGUUCGUUGCCCUCAGCUCCAUGUUUAGCUCCAUGUUCGGUCGUUCUGUUAACUUCUCCGGCAACUUACAGAGGUGAGCAGGGAAAGCUCGACUCUGAUUGGCUGUUGUGACGCACAUUUCUGUUGUGUUUGAUCGAGUAAAUAUGCUCUCAGCUGAUCACCGUGAUCGAACGGAAAUUUAUCACGCUCAUACAAUCGCCCAGUCCUACUCUAAAGCGAGUUUUAUUCCGAGUCAUCACUCUGACGUUAUGAACCAAAUCUGUCUCCGUAGAAGAUGACCAAGGAGCAGUUGUCCUGCGAGAAAACAGUCCUUCAGAAGAACCUGCUGCACUAUGAAGGCCUGCACGGUCGACCUGUUAGUAAUUUAAACCUUUUCACAUGAUAAUUCAGUGAAGCUUCUAAAAAUGCUGUUGACAUUUGUCUAACCAUUUCUCACUCUUGAUCUUUUUGUCUCUCAGGUGACCAGAGAGGAGCGUCUGGUGGUGAAGCCUCUUUAUGAUCGUUACAGAUUGGUCAAACAGAUGCUCACCAGAGUUAGCAUCACACCUAUCACAGUACGUUAACACAACCACGCUCAGAAAUCAAAACAGAAAGAUCCAUGACCUGCUUUUCAAACUACUGAACCCUCUUCUUCUUCUUCUUCUUCUUCUUCAGGUGUCCCCCUCCAGUAAGAGGCGAAGUCAGAUCCUCCAGCCAAUCAUCGAAGGCGAAACCGCUCAUUUCUGGGAGGAGAUCAAAGAAGAGGAGGAGGACGAGCGGAAAGAGAAAGAAGGAGGAGAAGGAAGCGGAGGUGGAGGAGGAGAGCAGCAGGAGCGGAAGGAGGAGCGGGAGGAGGAGGACGACGAGGAGGAGGAGGAAGAGGAGGAGGGGGAGAGCAGCGGGGGAGAGAUGCAGAGCCCAGAGGUCAUCAUGGCCGUCGACAUCGUGACCCCGACUGACGGAUCGAUGAGGGGCCAGAACCAACCAGACAGACCCAAGAUGGAGGAGGGGUCGGGGAGGCUGGCACUGGACCUUCGGCUGUCCAGCUCCAACGCCUCAUCCAUGUAGGAAUACGCACACACACAAACACACACACAAACACACACUUUUUACAGAGUGAUUGAAGGUCAGCAGGUCUGAUUCUCCUGAAAUUAGAUUUAAAAAAGUAAAUUGUUGCACCUUCGGUCUCUGUCUUGUCUUCUCUGACUCCUUUGUUAAUUUUGGUCAGCUUUAAGAGUGAAGAAGUCCCUCUUGUUGUCCUCUGAGUUAACUCUGACAUUUUAACAGACGUUAUUCUCUGGCGACCCUUUCACCCUGUGAAAAAGGAAACCUGAAUUUCGAGAGACAAGCGUAUAAUCUGUCUCUGUUUCCUUAAAGAUCGUAUUUAUUGUUCAUCUAUUCUUUUUGGGUGAGCGAAAACAAAAAGGUUAAAAAUAUAAUCCAUGUUCAGGGCUUGACACAAACUUUUUUCAACUUAGGAGCAUGUGAUCAAAAAUGUUUGAAAUUUGCCUUUAAAUUUAUCACAAAAAUAUUUUAGAGGACAAAUGAGGGUAAUAAAGAGGCGUGUCUUACUGUCGGACCGUCAUACUAUUAUUUGAAAUCAAUUUUAAGUCAAUUGGUCACAUGACAUUGAAGCUAUUGUAGGAAAACGGCCUUUUUUGAGAACAUCAACCGGUAAUUUAUUGAUGGUCCCUUAUUCAACACAUGACGUUGACAGGGAGGGUGUCCAGUAGAUUUAACCGCGCUGCUGUUGCUAUUCCUGGUUAUGGAGACUGAGAAGACACCAGUAGACGUGCAGUGAAUGUCCGUCAAAUAUCCAACCUAAAAACUAAAAAAACAUUUGUUGCCUCGGCUGAUUUCUUUCUUAUUCUUCCCCUAAAUACAUUUUACAAUUCGCUCACAUCUAUUUUUAGUCACAAAUGAGAGUGAAACGGUCACACUAUCGAGUCCUGAUGUUCCUGUAAAUGUGAAUCACCCAGAGGAGCUGUUAUGAUAUCAGCUUCAAGAUUAUCUGUGACUUUGCAGCCUGUUCUGACACCAGCAGGAAAAGAGAGACACAGGUGUAAUCUGCUGAGUCUGUAAUCUGGUUAAUAUGUCACUGAGCUAACACACACACACACACACACUCAGUUCUAAUCUUCAGCAUCAGUUCAGGUUUGUAAAUCCAGGUUUCUUGCAUGAACAUGAUCCUAACAGCUGAUCUUUGACACCACCGCAGUGACUCCACUUCCUGUCCCACUUUCUUCUCUCGUCUCUUGAGCCGAGUCGAACUAUGCGGGUCAAGACUCAGAUUGCUCAACGCUGCUCUGAUAUCUUCGCUGACUGAUUUAACUCCUCUCAUGUUUCCCAUGAUCCUCUAGGCCAGAGCUGCUGGAACAGCUGUGGAAGGCCAGAGCGGAGAAGAAGAAACUGAGGAAGACCAUCCGAGAGUUUGAAGAAGAGUUUUACCAGCGUAAUGGAAGGUAGGUGGAGGUCACAGCUCACAGAGGAGCAGACGGAGGUGUUUCUUCAGGUCCGGAUAUUAGAGAACAAAAGAGGUGCAAACUGUCUCCUCUGUUUCUGUCCUCUGCUGCAGGAACGUUCAGAAGGAGGACCGGGUACCCAUGCUGGAGGAGUACAGGGAGUACAAGAGGAUCAAGGCCAAACUCCGCCUCCUGGAGGUUCUCAUCAGCAAACAGGAUUCCUCCAAAUCCAUCUAGACCCACCCACCUCAGAGACCCACCAUCACUGCUGCGAGGACUCACCCAGGACGUCCCUCGUCAUCGUUGUUAGACGUCACACCGCACCUAGACUGGUCCUACAAUCAUUCAGAGUCACAUGACUUACCAGGAAGUCGACAUCAAGACGAGUCAAAGAUGCUCAUACAGACUUCACCGAGUGCUGCAUUCAUGUCAUGGAGAGAACCGACUGAGGAGGAGGAGGAGUGUGAUUUAGUGAACAACGCAGCCACAAAUAAAGCAUUAUUUAAUAGACACAGUUUGCAGUUACCUAAACCUGCUUUACAUCUACACUAACCUUUGUAGACGUGGUUUAAAGUCGAGGUUUUGAUCGUAACAGAAACUUGUCAGCUCGCACUGAGUGGUUGAUUGAUAACUUAAAGAACCGCCUCUCUGGUUUCAUUUCAUUCAGACGGCAGACAAACACUCGUCACAGUUGAUGUUCUCAGUGUUCAAGCGAUGAGUCAAACUCUGAGCAGAAUAUAAGAAGAGCAACACGACUGUUUGGAAGCUUCAAAACAUCCAAAACACUUUUUAUACUUCAAAUGUGCCAAAUUUAGUGAUAAAAAUGAGAAACAAUUGUGCAAAAAAGCAGUUUUAGCUGCUUUUUAAAAGAAACGAUUAAAAACCAGAUUAUUGAGCUGUGAGAACUUGAACGAAUUUUAGGUAUUUAGGUCUUAAAGUCUUAUAAAUCUGUACAAAAAUAUUUAAAAUAUAUAUAUGUGUGUGUGUGAAUAGAGCUUUUCUCUUUCAUUUGGUGGUUUGAGUGAAGCGGACAUAUUAAGGGAGGUGUGCAGUGAGACGAGUGUUUUUACAAGUUCAUCUCCAUGACAUGAAUGCAUCGCCAACACCAGUAAGUAAAUCUUCUAAAAUCACGCCUGUCUGCCACAACUGCUCUCUGCUGCCUCGUCUGACUUCAUAUCAUUCAAAGAGAAGAAGAAGAAAAAGGAAUCAUCUUCACCUUAACUGUGUUCGUCUUCAUCACCGUUAUCGUUCUCUUCUUGACUCACAUUUUCUCGACACCUGAGAAAAAACAAAAAUGUUGACUUUUUUAAAUUCAGCGACUCUCUUUGGUCAGUUUUUCUUUUCCUUCGCGCUGAGGAAUCUUAUCGGACAGCUCGAGGACUGGCAUUCAAGACACUUUUCACUCAAGACCCUCGCUCUUUCUUUGGGACGUCACUCUUUUCUCGCCUCACUUCAGAGACUCCACGUUUCCUCGUUAUUUCGUUCCAUCAGUUAAACUCUCCGGGUGCUUUUUUCCCCCCUUACUGACUGAUUUUAAAACUCAUUCACGUGUUUAAAUAACGUGUUCAUGUGUGUGCUGUUGUCAAAAGUGUACACAUCCAUGUUUGUGAGGCGCUGCUGCUUGAAAAGAGUUUGUGAUUAGAUCCAAAAGGAAACGGGGAAAAAAAAAAACAGGAUUUGACAGUGAAGCCGUUUGAGAGACUGAUUCUCGCUCGUGUCUCAUCUUUUUCUGUCCUUCAGUGAGAAGUGUUAAUCCCCCUCGCAGAUAACUUUGAAUUUAGUUUCCCAUGAGCCUUUUGCUUACAGAAACGCCGCCCUCAAGUCCCCUGAAGCUCAGACAUCCAAGUAUUUGAAGUCAUAUACUUUGAAUUUCUGACUGCACUCGAAGGAAAACGCUCAAAGGAAAUAGUCCUACUCUGAUUAGGACAGUUAAUAAUAUAGAUAGAUACAAAAAUGAUCUAGAAAGUUGUUUUCUGUCUUUUUUCACUCGUCUUUUCUUGUUUUGUUAGCUGCAUGAAGGUGAUCUGGUUCCUGAGGGAUUAAGGGUGUUAAAGAGAGGGGCUAGUACUGCUGCAUCCUCUGCUCUCUGAAAGCAGAAAGCGUGCCGGCUGGUGGUCUGUUUGGUUGCUGUGCAGCUGUCUGAACUGAUUUCUCUCUGACGGUGGAGGUCUGACUGUAGCUUUAAAGGCUGUGUCGUGUCAAUGAUGUGCCAACACUGCCAGCACUGAUUUUAAACACAGAAGAAGAAGAAGCUCCACUCCAGGUUAGCUGGUGUUUUUCUCCAAACCGACCCGUCAGUGCUGAGGGUCUGGUUCGUAGCAUAAAUCAGUCGAAGGUCCAGCGGGCACAAAAACAAUCCUGUUUUUGUUUGCAAAAUAAAGUCCCAGCAAAGUUUCAUUUCCUGCUGGCAGGUGAAAUGAGGGCAGGUGAGGAGCUAACAAGUUUGUCCUCGUCGGUUUUUCUUCUCUGUAGAGGCCGUGUUGUUGAGUCGUCACCGUGUGAUUUGAAAGAAGCGAUGAAGAGUCUCCACCUUUAGCCGGUAGGUUUUUAAACUGGCUGUUUUUCGGAAGUUGAAGUUCUAUUAUCAGAACGUCUCUGGCUCACAAAGCUUCACGUUUAAGGCCAUAAAGACAGACUCGUGCUGUUCAGUCACCUGCCGGGGUCGACGUCGACUGUGUCAGUGGACGGCACGCGUGAGAAGUGUCGAGUGAGUUCUCAGUGUUUGUGAUUGAGGGAGGGUGUGUUUGUCGGAAAGUUCACGUUUGUUGUAUAAAAAAAAAAGAGUUAUUUGCACAGCAUUCACUGAAUGCAGCCCUUUUGUGUUUUUUCAUUUGUUUUUCUAAAAUGAAGCACUACUUCUAUACAAAUAUAAAUAUAUACUGUACAUACAAAAAAAAAAACACCCGAAGGAAUGAAUGUCAGAAAUGUUUAAAUUAUUUCAAACAUCAUGUUUGCCCCCUUUGCUUCAUAUAUUUGUGCUGCCCUGAGAAUGUGUUUUUUUAUUCUAAUAGUUAUAAAUAUUGCUAUUACUAUCAUAACCAUUAUUUUGUGUGUUAAUGACAAUGACAAUAACCAUUUUUGUAUCUACUCACCAACUGUAAAACCAGCUGUAGAAGUUAGUCUGGCACUGUUCGUCUGCUCCUCCAACAUGAACCUGCUCUGAUUUGAUUUUGUGGCUCAGUGUAAUAUAAUAAGCUAAUAUAACAGCAGUACUGUAGUGAGCUUGCAUGGCAUAAAGAGAACAUAAUAGUAUGAAUAACAUGAUGUAUUGUUUUUUUUAUUGUUUGUGCCAUGAAGAAGCAGCAAUAAUAAAUGUUUGCCUGAAGGUUUUACAGCAUCGGGUAACAAGGGCGGGACUUAGUGUGUGAAUAGUUGAGGUACAUUGUUUUUUUAGUUUUCAGUUCAACACGCACACACCAUCACACACUCUGCUCUGGUUGUGUGUUUUUACCACUAUUUGUUGUCUGCAUAAUGUUCAUUUUGGCACUGCUGAGGAACCAAAAUAAGGUUUGUCGAACAGGAAGGGGAACAGGGAUUGAAAAGCCAAUGACAGACGUGUCAUAUCUGAAAACAUUCCAGUUUUUAAUCAUCAUUCAAAGAGAGGAAACAAUCCAUCACUCAUCUCUGAAGGGCUUUUCUUUUUAGCUUUCACCUCUGUUGUUGUUGUUGUUGUAUUUAAAGUCAGACAACACGAGCAGCUGAUGUAUUUGGCGUUUCAGUUUCUUUUGUUUUUCAUUGUGCCUGCAACAGAGUGGUAAAGUUCACCUUGUAAACUGUAAAUUCAGCCUGUCUCUGUCUGUGUACAGUUCGUUUCAUCCCACAUUUACUCAUCUGACAUGCAUGGUGGUCGUUUCACAGCCACACGCCUGACCCGGAGUUCACAGCAGAAGUUGUACUCAAAGAUGUCCCCGCUUCUCCUGGAUGAGUUUUAGAUGGCUCACCAUUUAGGUCGAGAUAAAAACAACAACAUAUUUAAAAAGUGUAUUUUAAAGACCUAGCUGAGAUUUUAAAGAAAUUAAAUCUCCGGAUUUGUCAAAUUUAAAUAGUUACUGAAUCACAUCUUUGUUACUGGAUUCUGCUUUGAAUUCCUUUGACCUGUUUCCUCCAUGUGAUACUGUGUUUUAUCACAUCAGUAUAUUGUAUCUUUCAAUGUUUUCUUACUUGGUGAAUGCUUUUUUUCCCUGUUGUUUCUUCAUUAACAAAAAGGAUGAGAAAAUACAAUCAGUAACAUUUACACAUGAAAAUAAAAUUUACAAGCUUGCCACAUCUGUUCUCCUAAUUCUUUAGUCAAAUUAACUAAACUGGAUCAUGCGGAAGAGUUGUAACAUUUAUGGAGCAUUUUUUGCCACUGCUGAGAAUAAAUGUUUGGAAAAAGAAAAAAGUGAAACCUUGUAAAAGUAAAGGGAUCUCUGACCUUUUAUCCUUUUAUAAGUGGGCAUCUCUGCAGACUUCUUGAGAGGGAAUUACCCAGAGUUCACUGCACUGUGAAGAAGCCUCUAAGAGAGGAGGGAAAGGACCGUGAAGACAUGGAAAUGAUUAAAAAAGACAGUAAAUAAGAGGCUUGGAAGACGCUUCAAAAACAAGUUAGAAAUAAGAAAUAUUGCCCAGAUACACCCACACACCUGUUUGAUCUUAUUUUUUCGAUCUCAGCAACAUGCUGAUGUGCA